AUGGGGAGGCAGGGCUGUGCGCUGAACAUUCCGCCACAUUUGUGCAGAUUCCAAUUUCAGAACACUGGUGGCUCACUCACCUGGGUACCUUUUCCAACUCACUUCAGCCAGCACCGAGACAGCAGUUGUAGAGGAUCCUUGGCCCCACAGCCUCCCAAGUCUUUAUAUUCCAGGUACAUGUAGACCAUCAAGUCAAAGCUCUAGGGCAGGGAUGGGAAACUCCAGCUCCCAUCAGCCCCAGCAAGAAUGGUCCAUGGUCUGGGAUGGUGGGAGUUGUAGUCCAACAGCGAUUGGAGGCUAAGCAUCCAGGCAUUACACAAAUUGAAAUGUACAGGGCUGAGGAGCCUUUUUUUAGCAUGAAGGCCACAUCUUCUGAGCAGACUUCUGGGGGCCACAUGCUGGUGGUGGGUAGGACCAGAGGCAAAAGUGGAAGUGGCAAUGGAUGUAAAAUUUUACUUUUGUUCAGUAGGCUAGUUUCUAUGCAUUACGCAUCUCUCUCUACCCUUCAUCCAGUUUCAGUGGAGGCUGGUCUAAUAAUAAUAAUAAUAAUAAUAAUAAUAAUAAUAAUAUAUUAUUAUUUGUACUCCACCAAUCUGGCUGGGCUUCCCCAGCCACUCUGGACAGGGCUGCCUUAAGAUGUCUUCUGAAUGUCAGGUAGUUGUUUAUCGCUUUGACAUCUGAUGGGAGGGCGUUCCGCAGGGUGGGUGCCACUACUGAAAAGGCCCUCUGCCUGGUUCCCUGUAGCUUUGCUUCUUGCAGUGAGGGAACCGCCAGAAGGCCCUCAGCGCUGGACCUCAGUGUCUGGGCAGAACGAUGGGGAUGGAGACGCUCCUUCAGGUACACUGGGCCGAGGCCGUUUAGGCCUUUAAAGGUCAACACCAACACUUUGAAUUGUGCUCAGAAAUGUACUGGGAGCCAAUGUAGGUCUUUCAGGACCGGUGUUAUAUUGUCUCGGCAGCUGCCCCUAGUCACUAGUCUAGCUGCCGCGUUCUGGACUAGUUGUAGUUUCCAGGUCACCUUCAAAGCUAGCCCCACAUAGAGCGCAUUGCAGUAGUCCAAGCGGAAGAUAACCAGAGCAUGCAUUAGGGUAAACUGGGCACAGGAGGAACAGCCUGCCUUCAGUCCUCACUUUCCUUCUUGCUCACAAUUAGUCCCAGGAGUGGCUGCCUGUGUCAGCUUCCUCCUCCUUACAAUCCCUCGGCACCAUAAAUUUAAAGCAAUAUUAUACCACUUUAAACAGUCACAACUUUCCCCAAAGAUUCCUGGGAACUGUAGUUUGGUUAGGGUACUGAGAGUCGCUAGGGGAUCCCCUAUUCUCUGCACAGAAUUUCCAGAGUGCUUUAAUUGUCAAUUCCUUUCUCUCAAGGAACUCUGAGAAUUGUAACUCUGUGGGUGAAAUAUGGGUCUCCUAAGGCCUCUCUGCACCCCUGAAAAUACUACAGUGCCUGGCAUUCUUUACAAGAAGCCAUGACUUACUGAAGUUGAAUGAUUCUGUUCUAAAUGCAUAGUGUAGAUGAGGCCUUAGUCUCAGUGCCAUCCUGAUAGAAUUGAGCAGGGAGGAAGAUGGGGACAAAGCUAGAUUUAGCUGGUCCUGCUUGCAAUUGGCUCUGGGUCUACUUGCUGUUGGGUUCCUUGCCUUCGGCCCCACCAGCCGCAGCUGCCAAGUUUAGCAAUUUUAUGCCAGAGUCCCCUUUUAAAGAUGCUGUCUGAUCAAAGGACAGUAGAAACAAGAGCGUAUUUCUGGACAUAAAUACUUUUAACACCAUAACACCAUGUGACGUCAACCCAGAAAGAUAAACUGUAUCUCUGAUAACACUCAACUACAUAUUCCAUCCUCAGUGUUCUGUAACUGCCACCUUGGCUAGAAUGCCCUUUGAUUCACAUCCACAUGGCUGAAUAAGGCAAAAGCCAAAACAUUUUACUUUAAGACUUCAAUCUCUUUCUUAAUUUAUUUAAUUUAAUCUAUUUAUAUUACACACAAAAAAAUCCCGUCAAGAUGAAAUUGGUUAAGAUUAACCAUGAAAGUCAGAGUAAAAACUCGCUUAGAAUGCCUGCUGAAUAAUAAUUACUUUUAUCACAAAUGAGACCACGCAAAUACUUUCCUUUCCUAAAUUUUAAAUGGGUCUUUGAGACUUCAAGGAAAAUUGGAUGGAGGCUAAUUUAGAUUGUUGUUGUUGUUGUUGAUGAUGAUGAUGAUGAUGAUGCGCUGGCUUUUAUGUUUCUUGGAUGGAAUUGGAUAUUUUGUGUUGGGUUUAUGGAUGGAUAUUCAUACAUGGUUGUAAACUUUGAGGGACAACCUAAAAGCCAAAAACAAACCAACAAAGCGCUCCAAAGCUGGAGCCAGCCUUUUUUUUUAAUGGUUUCUCAAACAUGUAUUAAAUAUAAAAUUUCAGCUUUCAAAUACAGAAGACCCUAAAGAUUGGCUGUAGCUUAUUGGCAUGCAGAAGGUCUGUGUUCUAUCCCUGGAAUCUCCAGGCGGGACUGGAAAGCCUCCUGAAAGUCCAUGUCAGUCUGUGUAGACCAGGCAUAGGCAAACUCGGCCCUCCAGAUGUUUUGGGACUACAGUUCCCAUCAUCCUUGACCACUGGUCCUGCUAGAUAGGGAUCAUGGGAGUUAUAGGCCAAAAACAUCUGGAGGGCCGAGUUUGCCUAUGCCUGGUGUAGACAAUAUUGAGCUAGAUGGACUGACUCAGUUGAAGGUAGCUUCCCAUGUAUCUACUUUAGGGAAUAUGUGGAUGCUCUGACACCUGAGGCCACUCUGAUAGAAAAGUAUCAUUUGUUUCAUAUCAUGCCUUUCCUCCCAAAGGAGCCCAGGGCAGCAGUAUUUGAUACUGGAUUAUCAGGUUGAUCAAAUCUGAAAUAUUCCACCAACAUCAGAAAGGUACAUUGCAAACACCACCAUCUCCUCCUCCUCAUGCUCUGCAAAGCAUCAUGGACAUCAAAGGUGCUAUGUGAAUAAGACCUUCACAGUAAUUCAUACUGGGGAAAAUUGAGAAAAAGCAACUCCAUUUUAGUACAUGUUCUGUAUUUUGUUUUUAAAUAUUGCAGGGGAAUUUGUGGAGGACAAGGUUAUUACAUACUCAUGUUUGGGAAGUUAAUCCAUUCAGCCCUUUCUGCAGACGACUGGGACCUUAGGAGGCUAUUCUCAAGUAAGUCAUGCAUGAUGAAAGACUUCCACAAAGAAUCCUGGGAACUGUAGUUUGGUGAAGGUAUUGGAGAUCACUAGGCUCCCAUUCCAAAAUAAGGGAAGAGAAGCAAUGACUGUUAAACCAGUUCAAUUAUUAUUGUUUAUUAUAUAGUUUAAAUCUACGGAAUAGAGAUAUACCCUCACAGUCCCAAGAAAUUAAGAAAAUGAAGACUGGUUUCCAAGACCCAGUGCCUUUUCUUUCUAAAAAAAAUGUUUAGGGGUACUCUCAUUUUCCUACUCAUAUUGAAAUACUGCUCCUCAAUGAGGCCAAACUUAGAUUCACAAAAUGUUUUGGAGUAUGCGUCCCCCUGCAUCCCCCCAGAAAAAAGCGCUGCCAAGACCCGUGGGGGAAAAGCCAGAUUUUGAAGGUUUAUAAAACAUUCAUUCCAUCCCUCUGGUUCCACUGUGUUACGAUAAUAAGCAAGGUGUAAAUUUAUUUCAGUUUAAACAAUUUCACUUAAAAAACAGAAUAGCAAUAAACAAAAAGCCCUUGAGUACUAGAUUAGCUUAGAAAUAUGCUAUGACUAGGUUGCCCACAAAGGCAAAAAAAUUCAGGCGACAUAUUUAUGGUGACAUCAAGUGAGGCAAAUUGCACUUUUGGCUUCAGAAGAGCUAUCAGUGAAAUAAUGUAACAUCUGCCUUUCAAUCAAGUCUAAUGUAAACAAAUCUGCAUACUGACAAAACCAAAGCAUAGCCAGCUUUUUAAGAUACCGAGGAUUGUAGAAUUCAAUCUACAGUUACCACAUACAGUAUAUUUUUGGAAAGAUAGAUAUAUUAAGUACUGUAUGCAAUGACACACCAGAAACAGUGCAAUUUCACUCCUUGAAACUGAUCACCAGUUACUCAGUUACAGAGCAAUCCUUACACGCAGUUACUUGAAAGUUACUCACAUUGAAAUCAGUAAAACACUUUCUAGCAAUCCCAGUUAGGAUCGGAUUGAUUAAUCUACCAGUUAACACUUGCAGCCCUAAUCCUCACGACAAUAAAAAGCAGCAGGAAUAUGCUAAAGUGCUCUUUUUAAAUGACAUUUUCCCCAUGAGUUGAAAAAAAUUGUCAUUAAGUAAUUCAAAAACAUAGAUUUGUCUAUAGCUUGGACAAUUCCAGGUUGAUUUUAGGGAGAAAUUUCAUUGGUUUCAAAAAGUGUAAAUUUUAGGUGCAAAAUUAUGUAAGAAUUUGAGAGUCCAUCUUAACAACUCAUAUUUCAGAAGUUGUUCCUUGCUGUGACUAUUCUGUAUUAAUGGAUUUUAAUGCAACACUUCAGCAUUUGUAAAAUUCAAAUUCUAGCGAAAAGAAAAAUAAUUUUGAAGGUCUUUGGGUUCUGGACAAUUAAUAUUUUCAGAAUGCACAAUGUUGGCUGCCCUUGUAAAUCUUUGCAAUGAAACUGAAAUUCUGGAAUAAUCUACAAUCUGUUUAUCAAUGUGAAUAAGGUAUUUAUAACAGAGUGUGACAGAAGUGCUCAAAGGCUAUAUUUGUAGAGGGAAAUGGGGGGUCAAAACCAGAAUAACUGGGGGGAAAUCACUUUAGACCAAACAGCAUUAUUUGGGGAACAGGAGGCACCAGAAUCAGGAAGAAGCAGCCCCAAGCCUUGUUAUUUCCAGCAAGUGGAAGGCACAAGAGGAAGACCUUAUAUACAGUGGCCUUCUAGACCAAUCCCUAACCACAACCUGCAGAAGUGACAGAGUUUCAGGGAUUGCUUACUCAUGAGCUGCACAAUGUGUCUAGGGGGAUGUAGAAUCAAACUAUGUCGUUGCCCUUUGGUCCAGACCCAGAUUUUUUGGCGCCAUUGUUUUUAAGGACUGGGGCGCAUCCAUGUCCUUUUCUGAGAGCUCCAUGGGUUGUUCAGCAGGUCUCCUCUUUGAAGGCAUCUCAAGAGGAUCCUCAAUACUAGUACCGGAGGGCACUGCUUGUUCCUCAAGGUCCUUGACCUGGUGUGUGUGUGUGUGUCUGGGUCAUCCCCUGUGGACUCCUGUGUAUGGUACCAGGUCAGGACUAGGGCAUGCCAAACAUCCCCAUUAAACCCUUGAUAAAUAUUUGCAUUAAAACAAAAAAUACCUUUGUUAAGAUUAUCUUCUUCACAUGGAAACGUUGAGUGCUUAAUCUCAAAUGAUGCCUUGCUAGGAACAAUCAGACUUUAGAUACAAACAGCUAGCCAGAAGAAUGGGUUUGGAUCCAGUGUUAAGUCAUACCCAGAGUAGACGCCUUGAAAUUAGUAGAUAUGAAUAACCUAUUCCUAUCAAUGUCAGUGGGUUUACUUUGACUUAGUUGGCUAUGUCCUACUGGGAGUAUCCAAGUAGAUGCAUAAGGCCCCAAUCCACUUUCUCCCCUCUGAAUCUGUCAAGUGAGAGCUGUGUGUUCCCAAAAUUCAGAAGUAAGGUGUGUGGCUGCCACAGAAUCUUUUCCAGAGAGGCAUUAACUAUUUAACUCUUUUCUUGGGAAUAUUUACUGACUCUUAUAUUGCUAUCCUUUAGGCACCAGGAAUUGUCCCCAACCAAUUUCUACUCAGAGCCCAUAGAAACUACUAGACUUAAAUUAGUCAUGUCCAUUCAUUUAAAUGGGUCUUCUUUGAGUAGAACUUAGCUGGAGACAACUUCAUGUAAAGUCUAGAGUGCCUGCAUUUAAAAAUAAUAAUUAUUGGUUCUAGGUGUUGUUUUAAGCUUGCUGCUGCUUGUUUUGCCUUUUGUAGUUUUUACUGUAUUCUAGUUUUUAUUCUGCUUUUGCUAUGUAAACUGUAUUGGGGGUACUUGUCAAAAAGCUUGACAAAUAAAGCUUGUAAAUAAGAGAAGCAUCAAAGCUGGAGUGCCACCACCAAGAAGGAUCUCCCCAGAGCUGCUGCUGAUCAAGCCUCAAAGGCAAGAAAGUCCCUGGCUGAUGCUAAUGGGUGGACUUGUCUACAGCAGCUUAGGUGUCCUCUUAGGUGACCAGACCCCAAGCUGUUUAGGCUUUGUACACCAGUACAAGUACCUUGAGACGGUCCCCAAUAAUCACCUACCUGCAGCAUUUUGUGCUAGUUGCUGCUUCCACACCUACCAAAGUUGUUCAGGUGUGGGGCAUCUUUGGCCCUCCAGAUGUUGCUGAACUACAGCCCCCAUAAGCUGCACCACACAUGGUCAGUGGCCAGGGGUGAUGGGAGCCAUAGUUCAGCAGUAUCUGGAGCCUUGUUCUAGAGAAACUUUGAUUAAUCCAACACAGAAUGUCUUAUGCAGAAGUAUAUACUCAGAAUCACUUAACUGAGAUUAUUUGACUGUUAAGAGAUCCCGAGUAUGCAUUAUUGUAAACUGAAGACACAUCAGUAUGCUAUGGGGAUUCUAAUAAAAUGAGAGAACUGAUUCUACAAGGCUGAAGGCACAAUCUCAGUUCAAGUGGCACCCUACCACAGUCCCCAGAAGUAUAGUCAAUGCAUAAGCAGGCUGAUGCCAACUAAGAUUCCUUCUCUAUGGCAAUGUCCCAUUUAUGGAAUGUCCUCUCUUCUGAUAUAUGGAUGACACCAACAUUUAUUAGUUUCUAUCGCCAGCCAAAGACCUAUUUAUUUGACAUUCCCAAUAGCUAGUUUUUCCAAUUUUGUCAUUGCUGUACCAGUUGCUGUUCUGUUACUGCCCUUGCUUUAUGGUAUUACCGUUGAAUGUUGUUGUUGAUAAGGUUUUAGAUUGCUUUACUGUACCCCAUCCUGAAAGCACUUGCACUGAAAGGCAGGCUAAAAAUAUCUGCAAAUAAAAAUAAAUUCACCGAAGGCAGUAAGAAAAAAACGACGAUUUGGAAAUGGCUCUUGGUGUUUAACCUCAAACUCAAGUAUUUUAAUUCAUUGGCUCAUUCAGUGUCUAUUCCAUGACCUUCAAGGUUUACAGGAGCAGCUGUAAAGGUGCUGUUAAUUUAAAAAAAUGAAAAUGGGGAGGAGAGUAUGCUGGAAGCUAUGGAGUAGAAACUGCAACUCUCUGCAGCUGUUCCUUUGCCCAAGAUCAUCAACAUCACCUUCUCACAAGAACUGGCUGUUUGCCACAGGGUUCUUUCAGAUUUUAGCAAAGCUAUCACUUUGGGGGGUUUUGUGUGUGAGGGGUUGCACAACCUUUCAUGACACAGAAGUCUGUGGCUUUUUCUCCAUCAAAUCUAUAGUAAAACGUAUGCAUGAAUGCUAGGGGUCCACAGAUCUUAGCUCAACUUGGUAACCAGCCAGAUUUGUUUGUGUCAUGAUCCUACCCUCCCUUUCAAGAAGGAGAGAAUGGGGGUCUUCUGGCAUUCCCCUGAGCUCAAGACCCAGUACAACUGUCAAUAGCAAGCUCCUUCCCUUCUUUCGCAAAAAAAGAGGAGGAGGGGAAUCCCCAUAGGGCCAAGCUCAGAUAUUCAAAGUGAAGCAUGAAGUCUUCCAACAGCUCUCCAAGUAACUCUGAGAUUCAGCGCGGAAUCAGGGGAAAGGUCCUUGCAUUUCUCUUGUGCUUCUGAAGCCAGCCUGGUAUUGCAAAGUUCUCACAUUCUUCCAGGCCUAAGAGGCCAGGGGCUCUCCUUGAAGUGGGAUGUGGUAGGGUUGGCCUGUGGUCUAAGGCACUGGAUUUAAGCUCAUCAUUCUGAUUGCAUAUGGAUGGCGUUAGUGGUAGAAAACAUGCUCUACACACAUUAAAGUCCCAGGUUCAAUCCCUGGUGUCUCCACAGAAGGCUGGAAAAAACUUGUCUGAAAUCCUGACAAGCUGUUGCCAGCUAAUAUAGACAAUAGAUGGACAAAUUUUCUGACUCUGUAUAAAGCAGCUUCUUUUCUAUUUGUGCAAAAGUUGUCCUCACCAGCAGUGACAUGGCAAGUGUAUUUGUGAAUCCUUGCUAAAGGAUUAGGGCUAUUUCUUCCCAUGAGCUCUCUGGAACUGCAUCAGAUGUUAAAUUCUGUUGCGAGAUUUCUGAGACCUGUUCCACAGAAUUAUGAAGCUGAAGAUUAUAAAUUAUCUGUGGCACUUUUACAGCGCAUAUCUACUCAGAAGGAAGCUGGGGCUUACCUAACAGUUAAGCCUCAUUCAACCAGUGCAGGUUUCUUCUGAGUUGGAAUGCAAACCAUUGCAUUGUUAAAAUGAGCUGUCAUCUCUGCCUGCUGCAAUCCCUAUCUAUAAUAUCUCAUUUUGUUCAACCUCUCUUUCUCCUUACUUCCCCAGUUCUCCUUACUCUUCCCUGUUCUACCUGAUAAAAAAAAAUAGGGGGCAGCACAUGUGCUGUUUUUUCAUGUUUCUUAGUCUUGAGCACCAUAAAGAUCAACAAAUUUAUAAUGACAUCAGUUUCCCCAUCCAGAAUUCACUCCGUCCACUCUAGUCCAUGCGUUUUUUGCAAUAAUUAUUAAGAGUUCGACUUUAAGGCAGAUAGGAGUCUGUGAUCCUCCAAACCAAAUCUUUUUCCAUAUCAACCUUUGUUUUGACAUCAGAUGAGGUCUCUACACGUGAUGACAUACCUGGUGUGAGGGCCCAGGAAGGUUUUCAGUGGUGGCUCUUUGCAUAUGGAAUUCUCUUCCUAUUGAGGUGCAACAAACCUCAUCUCUUUAUAGCUUCAGGCAAAUAGUCAUGAUGCAUCUUAGAAAGAGGAAAGGCUGCUGCUAUUAGUAAUUGUGAUUCAGUGAUUUGUUGUGUUUUUUAAUGCUGUUUUUAUUGUUGUUAUGCAUUCUUAUCUCUCUGGUUUUAUUGCAAACUGCCGUGUGGCCGGUUCAAAGGGUGAUACAUAAAUUAUCCAAACAAAUAAAUAAUCUCUGGAGUUGAAGGGAGUCCCACAACAUCCACAGGGAAGCAGAUUCCCAAUUUUAAGAUGCUAGAAGCCUCUGAGAUGUUUUUGCUGCAGCAGAGGGACUUGGCUUGCUCUCUGGAAACAGCACUUAAGAGCAACAUCUUAGAGAAAGCACUCCCCUGCUGUGAAAGAGACUCCAAGAUAAAUCUCUGGUGUGACUGGGAAAGAUCCAUCUGAAACUCUGGAGAGCUUCUUGGAGUAAUGCUCUGACUUCUAUGUUCUUCCUUCUCCGCAUCAUACCUUGCCACCACAAGCCAUCACCCACUCCCUUCUCUUCAAAGAGGACCUUGGGGCUAUUGUCCUGCUCUUCACAUAUCCCACAAAGUUUUCCUUCAUUUUUAUCUCUUAUAUAAUAUCACUACCCAUCUUCAGUUUCUUUCAUUACAACCUCCUUAAAUCUCCUGAUGGUGGCGCUCUCUUUCCACCUCCCCAACACUAUCCUCUCUAUGCUCUUUCCUACACUAGAGUCUCAUAGUCCCCCUUCUUAACUCCCGAAUCAACUUCCCCAGUCCCUGUUUGAACCACACCACUCCACUAUUUCCUGGUCCCUCCACCAGCCCCCAGCUUCCUUUUUUACAUCUCCUUAUCAAGAUUGCCCUAAGUGGGCGAAGGCCGCAUUCACACCAUACAUUUAAAGCGCUAUAAUACCACUUUAAACAGUCAUGGCCUUCCCCCCAAAGAAUUCUGGGAGAUGUGGUUCCUUAAGGACAGUGUUUCAUGUGAUUGAUUGUUAAACCACUCUGAAAAGUGUAGCCCCAUCUGGGGAAUACUCACUCCCAGCACUCUUAACAAACUACAGCUCCUAGAAUUCUUGGGGGGGCAUGACUGUUUAAAGUGGUAUCAUUGAGUUUUAAAUGUAUGGUGUGAAUGUGACCUACCUCCUCCAAACAGGAAGACCUUCCUCUUAUACCUCUCCCACAACUGACUUCCCCCUCCUUUCACAUUCCAAACAUUUCAUCAGUCUUACACUGCUUCAACAGAACCCCCACCUUACCAUUCUUCUCUAUCCUCUGGCAUGCUUUCUGCCCUGGCUAUCUUCCACAUCCCUCCAGCUCCUCACACCUCUGACUGUUGCCCCUUUCUUCAAUGGUCUCUCAUUUGCAUCUCUCUAUUUUUCUCACAUCCCCCCCACCCAGCAACUUGCCAUUCUUCCACUCCCUCAAGUACGCCCCCACCAGUCCUCCCUGCUCUCCCCACCUUUACCUCCCAUUUCAAUUUUGCCCACUGCCAGGCACCCCUGCCCCUAACCCUCCAAAUAAACCCCAAUUCCUUCCUGCUCUCCUUCAUUCCUCCAAGACCCCCCCACCCCCUCCCUGCUGUUCCCAUUGCCAUCUCCUCACCCCUUCACUAAGCACACCCAAGUAUAUCCCUAAUGCCCCGUCGUAAUGUUUCCAGGGUCCCCUUUGUUUUCAUCUUACAGCUCCCCAACUUUUCGCAUCCCCUCCCCUCCCUCUCCGAAUUACACCCUUCCUACUCCCCUCCCCCCGACGUAGGACCCUCUGCCUUCCAUCUCUCUCUCUUUUAACCCAACUUUCACAUUCCCUCCAUCUCCCUCCUCUUCCAGUCUCACCCACCGCCAGCACCCUCUAAGUGCACCUCUCUUCCUUCCCACCUUCCCUAGUUUACCUCUACCCCCUUGUUCCCACCCCUCUUUCAAUCUCACCCACAACCACGCACCCCUCCUUUCCCCAUACACCCCUCUUCCUUCCCAAUCUCUCCGCCCUCCCCCAUAUUCUGCUCUCACUCUUUCCUUCCGACCCUCCCCCCGGGACAGCGUGUGGGUCUGUGCGUGUGUUGGGGGGGUGGCGUUCCGCGCCCCGGCCGGCCGGCCUUCGCCUCAGUGGCUCCUCCUCCUCCUCUUCCCCUUCGCUGUGGCGGCGGCUGCUGUUCCCGGGGCUGCCGCGGCGCUGCUCUCUCUCUCUCCCUCCCGCUUCCUUCUUUCCUUCCUUCCUUCCGUCGUCCUGAGCUCGUCCCUCGCUCCCUCCCACUCUCUCGCUCACUCUCCUCCUCCUCCUCCCGGCCGUUGCAGGCCGAGCUGAAGCAGGCGAGGCGGAGCAUCUCUUCCUCCGCUGCUGCUGUUGCCGCCGCUGCGGCCACCUCCUCCUCCUCUUGCCCUCCCUGGCUAGCUCGCCAGCCACCCGGCCGGCCUUCUCUCUCUCCCUCCUCACGCCGCCGCGACACUCCGGCGGAGCCCCCAUCCUCCAUGCGGAUGUGACAUUUCGCGGCCGCCAUUUUGAGAGGCAGCGAAGGCGGCGGAGGAGGAGCAGGCCCGACUCGCUCCCAACGCCGCCUGUCGCCGUCGAAGGAGCCCGCCCGCCUUGGCGCUGCCCGCGCCGCCGGGCCUCCCUCCUCACCGGAGCCGGCCCAGCCCGGGGGGAGGAGGAGGAGACCCAGCAGCAGCAGCAGCAGCAGGGCCUAGACGUCGCCCUCCUCCUCCGCAGCCGCCGCCGGACCGGGACUUUGCCUCAGCCUGCACCCGCUCUGAGGCGAGCUCGGCCCUCCAUCCUCCUCCUUCCUCACUCCUCCUCCCACUCCCACCCCCGCCGCCAUUGGGCGAAUAGCCAGUAAAUACGUGCGCGUCUCGCUGCCUCCCCCGGCGGCCGCCCGCUCCCUGCCCGCCGCCGGAGUCCAGCAGCAGCAGCAGCCCGAAGCCCAACAGCAGCAAUUGCAGCCUCACCAGCUCCAGGCCGCGGAGCCGCCCCGCCGCCAGCCGACUCAGCCCCAGUCUCUGCAUCAGCAGCUCCUGCCUUUCCAGCGCCCAUCGCCGCUCGACGCGGGGCCUCCUCAGCAGCAGCAGCAGCUCCUGCCGCCGCCGCCUCCUCGCCCUCCUCCCUCAGCCAAGGCCCAGGCCGCCGAGCCUGAGCUCCCGCAGCCCGACAUGAACCACCACCAGCAACAGCAACAACAACAGCAGCAGAAGCCCGGGGAGCAGCAGCUGAGCGAGCCCGAGGACAUGGAGAUGGAAGGUAAGGGGCAGGGGGUUUUGCGCUGUGUGUGUGUGGAGGCUGCAGCCUCCCCUGCUUCGCAGAUUGCAGUCUGCAUUUACUCCACCUCCCACACUUUCUUUCUGCACCCCCAUUUCUCCCUCCUUGCAGCAUCCUCCCCCCACCCCUUCAUCUCGAGUGUCUUUUGCAAUCCAUUCCCUCCCUCCUCCCUCCCCCCAGGACGGUGACUCCUCUGAUUUGGUUCUGCAGUUCCUCCACAAACACAUACACCGGCCCCCCUCAACAUCCUGGAUGGCACUGGAUGGUGGUAGUCCCUCUCCCCUCCUCUUGUUUUUUAAACCUUCUUUGAAAUAAAUAAUGAGCAUACACCCCUGUUCUUCCCCUUAUGAUUUCUCCUUUUCCAACUAUGUUCCCAUCCUGGCACUUAUUGCUUCCUGCACCCCUACUGCAGUCCCUCCCGCAUGUUGUAUCUAGCUAUCUUUUGCUUCUCCUGCUGACCUUAGGGGCCUCACACUUUUUCUCAGCUUUUGUAUCUUCUAUUUUAAGUUUCUCUGCUUUCUUCAGCAUAUCCCCCCAUGCACCCUCUUUUCAUACACUUAGAUCCAUGACCUCAGUUCCAAAGCCCCCAGAUUCUGUUUUCUCCAUACAUUCACUUUUCCCAAACACUUUCCCCUCUAACUUUGCAUACCUUGACUCUCUUCCUUAUUUUCUUCUCCCUUGGCCCCUAAUACUAUGUAGGCUUUUGAUUUCCUAACUUUAUAGUACCCCCUCCCACAGUUUUCCCCUUCCUGGCAUUAUCUCAACUUCGUAGGGACUCCAGUCACUUUAUCUUUCAAGCCUGCAGCUAUCUCAUCACUUUACUCUGCAUGUGCCUCCACACAGUCUAACAGGAUACUCCUGCAGCGCCAUAUCCAUGUUCUUAUCCAUGCCAUAUCCGUGUAGUCAGAUUUUGAUUCCUUUCAACUCUGUGCCUAAACUGCACCUUCAGAUCUUGCUUUCCAAUUUCUCUCCCUUUGGCAUAUAAAAAAGCUUAUACCUCUCUCUUCCAACUCAGUUGAAUGUUGGAAGAGACACAUAAUGCACUCUGUCUCAUUUCUGUAUUCCAUAGUUCUGCACCCAUUUUACCCACCAACCUUUGGAUUGCCUUGACCUUUACAGGUCUCCCAGUUCUGUGCUCUCUCCAUUCUCAGUAAUCCCUGCAGCAUCUCCCUGCACAAGGCACUGCUUGGUCGUCUGGAAAUACACCUUUAAUUCCUCUCUAUUCCUCAUCCACUACAGGGACACGUAUCUUAGUUCUGUGGCUGGCAUCCUUUCCCUGUAGCCUUCCUUCCCCUCUAGGGCUGGGGCCUCCUUUUUCCCUCCUGCCCCACCGGCCAUGCCUGCUUUUCCUUGAAGAUACCGGGCAGAUAAGGCUGCUGCUCCAGGUCCUAUCCCACCAGCCAACUUGGAAAGACCUUUGGGAAAUAUAAGGGUUGGCUUUCUCCAGAUCGGAGAGCCGCCUUUCGUUUGACUCUUGUGUUCGCUGUGAGGCCGAAGUUGAAAAGUUUUAGGAAGCCGGCGAAGAAGUGGGGGUGGCGGCUCUGCUUGUUUUCCAGGCUGGGGAACGGGGUGCGCGCGCCUCUGUGUAUGCGAGCUGGUUUGGCGCUCUUGGGGCGGGGCGCGGGUGGUGGGGCCGGGGCGGUGUCCCGGAGGCUUGUAAAUUGGGGGUGGGGAGAGAGAGAAAAGAGGUGUUUCCCAUAGAGAGAAAAACCGGGGGGUGGGGGGAGUUUGUCCCUGACUUUCGUGGAAUUUGGGAGUUCACUUCUUGUGGAGAGCUCUGGCGUGAACAUUAUGAGCAAAGCAUCUUUCUCUAGAUGGAAAGCUUGAGAAAGCGGCGGACACUUCGGUGCCCCAAUAUUGCUUCUUUGCAGGGCUCCGAGAUCGGUUGACCUCGAGCAGGAGGUGCUUCUUUGCAGUGUAUUUUCGGGGUCGGGGGGUGGAGAAGGAACGGUGUCGAACUGGUUCUGGCAAUGGGGGGCCUCGGUGAUAUCCCUUUUCUUGGGACAGAUCUCUGCGCUUAGGAAUGCUGCUUUCUCCCCAAUCUCCCCCUCCCCCUGACUGUUGAUUCCGGCAGCCGCUCGGCGUUUGGUUUUUUUUCUUUCUUUCUAAAAGCUUCCAGCCCCCUUCUAUUGUAUCCUGCACACAGCCAGCCACGCGAGAUGCUCGCCAUUUUUAAUUGGGCCACUGCUCUGCUCGUACUAGGGGUUAUUUACAGAAAAUGCAUUGGGAUGGGGAAGGGCUCUCGAUGCGGGACGAAUCCUCUCUCUGGGUAAUGCUCUUAAAUAUGUAGUCAUAGGGCACUGACCCUGCUCAGUCAUCCCAGGGUGGGGGAAGGAAGAAAACACUCCCAGGGAUCAUGCUCCAGGUCUUAAAGGUGCAGUCCUGUGCCGGUCUACUUGGGGCUCACUCCCAUGUAAUUGUGUAUAAGAUUGUAGCCAUAGUGGUUUAAAAUAAGGAAGGCUUCAUCGUAUUUAGAUAUAAAAACAACAAAAAAGUUUUCUUUUCUUCUAUGCAGAAAGUGCUGAUGACUUCUUAGGAACAGUAUUAAAACCCACCAUCUAUUUUCUCUAUAUCUUGAUCAGUAACAAGAUUAAAGACUUUGGGGAUCAGAAAAUCAAAAGCAUCCCUGCAGAAAGGUGAUCAAGAUGUUGCUAUCCUUAAGAAUAAUAAAAAUAUUCAGACUGGCUUCGGUGUUAGCCUAAAAGGUGAUUAAACCAUAAAAGUGCAGGGCGAUUAGUUAAAAUAGAGCUAAAAUGUUGUCACUUUUGCUACUUAUGGUAGAAUUAAGAUGGGAUUGCCAUGGGCACUGUGAAAAUAGCAUGCUGAAUUAGAUGGGCCUUUGCGCUGAUCCAGCUGGGUCUUCUGAUAUUAAUGUACAUGAAAACAAAUAUGCGAUAUGAUUGUGUAUGUGUGGAGAUUUUUGUGUUUCAUAUGCAGGAACUUCUUAUUACUGUAUCUUGAGAGACUUCACCUAAUAUCUGAAAUGGUACAACCCACCUAGAGGUUUACCAAUAGGGUGAGAACUAGUCAUGUGUUACUUUGUGGCAAGUUAAGAGACAUGUACAAAUUUAUUGUUGAAAGAGCUGUUUCUGUAUCUGCUUGGUCUCAAGGCACAGGCUCAGAGUAUGUAUUCUAGUUCCCUACAUUAACCAGAGCAUUAGCUGAACUUUAAUGGGUCAUUCUCCUCCCCUUUCAGUGGGACUUAAGGACUGAGUAUCUUGAAAUGUACUGGUUAACCUUUUGCUAGCUGAAAAGUACAGAGCAUCUUGCAAAUUCAGGUCUGGACCUUGGUUACAAUGGCCAAGUUGAUCUUGCUUCAUGCUUGAAGGUCCUGUGUCCUCUACGUACUUAGUUUUGAUAUUGUUGUAAAGUAAAACACCACUUUAUUCAUUUAUUUGCCAAAAUUUUACAUUGCCAACAUUAAAAAAAAAUAAUUGUUAUUUACAACUAAGUUUGACCCCUCCCACAUCAGUAUGUAUGAACUUAGACCUUUUUCACUUGAGCUCUAUUACUGAUAUUUGAAAUAUUUCUGAUAACUUUCCAAGGAAUCCUGUAGUAUUCCACCACAAUGUAGUUGCUCUUAUGAACAUUUUCUGUUCGUAAAAGAGAAGAGGGCUGCAUCUCUUUACCACAGUCAAGCUGCAGAAGAGAAGAGGAGAAAAGGCACUUGACCAUAUGGGGAUGAAGAGAGAAUGUUUUGGGUUAAAAAGGUUGAACUGCCAUCCACAUAAACGUGGUGCUCAAAUCCAUAUGAGGUGAUCCACACAUGAGGAGCCCCAGACCGGAGAAGGAAAACACGGGAAGGACGUCCCCAAAUGGGAAUACUGAAAUGAAACUUAGAAAACUAGGAAGAGAACCAACUGAAGAAAAGAACCACAGAGAAAGGGGGUCAAACAAGAGAGGGUUUUCAACUGUAGCCAAGGCAGCAGGGAUGUCUUGGGCUGUGUAAGGAGAGCUUUGGACUUGACAUGAGAUCUUGGUUUCUAUACCUUACUAAGGAUGCUUCUCCAAGUAAUAAUCAGUACUGAUUAUAUAUGGGAAUGGGGUCCUAGACAAAGGUUGUGAAUACAUUGUCUUGAUAUUUACAUAAAGCUUUACAGUAAGCAAGAAUGCUGACAACAUUUUCUUAGGUCUGCAUCAGCUUUAGAACAUUCUAUUUUCUUUCUCCUCUUGACUUCUGGAAAUACUCCUAAUAUUUUUCUUAUAAUUAUUCAGAAGCUUUCUGUUUUAUUGCAGCAAACAUGUUUUUCUUUUUGUUGUUAAUGCUCUUGCGUUUACACUCUGAUAUUGCCUUCAAGUCAUUUAUAAGUCUAUUCUUUUAUUGCUUCCAUUGUUCUUAAUUACUUUCCCUUUGUCAGUAAUAUCCAAUUUAAAAAACUCCAAUCAAUGUAUUGUUGAUUUUGCAAUUUGAUUUUACAGCACUGCAAAAUAGCACACCACCACAAAAGAUUAUCUGUAUACAGAAGAAAUGUGAUCAAAUGCUGAACUUGUAACAUCAGGCAAUAGCUUAUAACAAAGCUUCAGAUUUUUCAUUUUUUACCAUACUUAUUUGAGGCAGAAUAAAAACAGUGAAUUCAGUUCACUGUGAAGAAUUUAGUAAAAAUUGUUGUUGUGACAGGAGCAGUUUUCAUCUGCAAAGCAGUCUACAGUACUGUAGAGUGGAUGCUGUUUCUGCCUUUUGGGUUGUUAUUUACUAUUAGCAUAAUUAAUUUAUUAAUCAACUUCUACACAGUUGUCUCAAGACAAUGUACAAUAAUGCUGCCAGCAGCUCAGAGACAAGUAUAAGAGAGUCCACAGGCCUCUAAUUGUACUGUGAGGGGAUCAAAAACUUCUAGCUGUUUGUGAACAUUAGGAUAUCCUAGCGCAGUUUAGGAGAAAGGAGUUUCCCCUUCUUUUAGAAGAAGCAUUUCACAUGACUAUUUCAACUCACUUUUGGUAUUUGGCUGGGUGAAUGCUCCAAAAUGAAUCCACUGACUACCUGGAUCUUGGCUUGGUGAACCUGUAUAUGUCUGGGAGAUGUCCAACCCUUCACAAGUCUUGUUGCCAUAAAAAUAAAAUCCUAGUCUACCUUUGAAGCAAAAUGCACUUGUGCUGCUGUUGCUUGUUUUAAACAUGCUUUUAAGCAAGAUGGCUUUUGAUGUUGUAUGCUGCUUUGAUUGCCUUGUGGCAGAAAUUCAGUUAACAUAUUUUAUAAAUAUUUGAAUAUAAAUUAUAUUUAAAGAAUCAGAAACUUUUGUUUCAGACUUCUCUAUAGUUUUAAGGCUUGGGAGGAUGACAUAGAAAUGUAGGAGGACGGGGAAAGGAAGACAUCCAUUUAUACCAAAGGGUCAAUGCAAAGCUUUCUCCCUUUCCUUUCUCUUUUGAAACACUUCUUUCUGCCAUUAGUGCUUCUAGUAAAUGCUGGACCUAUAUAGCACUUGAGAAUCAGAAGUGCUGUAAACCUUCAGGAGGGAGGUUGGUGGAAAGAGGUAAAUGGUAAGCUGGCAUCACUUUGGUCUUUGACAGACACACAAUUUAAUAGAUAACAGCAAUUUUAUAUUAAAUUGUAUUAAAAUACGAUAAUAAAUCUGAUGUCAAACCAAAUCAGUCUUGUUAACUGACUAGGUAUGCUUCAUACAUACUAGUUAUGAUGUUGGUCAUUAUAGUGAUGCAUAAGGUUUACUUUGGACUAGCAUCUUGAUAAAUCUCAUUUCCAAGGGGAAUAGUUGUCAAAAUUGCUACUGUUAUAAUUGCCCCUUUGUCAGUGUGGUAAAUAUACAUUGGAUUGUAUUCAAAGUUACUCAUACUCAGAGUAGACCCUCUGAAAUGAAGUGACAUGAUUACUUGGGUUCAUUAAUUUCAGUGGGUCUUCCCUGAGUAAAACUUUGUUGGAUAUAACCCAUUGCUUGAUCUUUAAAGAAUGGUGGUGUGCACUUGAGGACACAGUAAAUAAAAAUAUCAUGUAUAGCUUAGAAAUGCAUGCUGAAGUCCAUAGGGAUGUUUGCCUGUUUCAUGCAUAUUGCUAAACCAAAAUUUAGUAUUCCGUAGAUGCAGGAGCCUUGCGUUCAUGUGCUGUUUUUUCCUGUGUGACCAGAAGGAGAUUAGAAGGCUCCUCCUGCUCAACUGGUUUGCUGUGUCUGAACCUGGAUAAAGUGAAGUUUGUGUUAACUAUGGGUUAUUGAAAUUAGCCAGCUUCAAACCAUUGUUAAUGAUCUGGAACCUAGGAGUUGUCAUUGGACAUAAUUAUGACUUGUGAAGCCUCAGUUGUUAAGAUUUGUGCUUCUUCCUUGUUCUGUCAGGAAGAGUCACUAAAAGUGUCUUGCUGCAUAUGUAGUUCAUCAGGAAGCACCCAGGCUUUUCUUAGGUGAUCAUAUACUUUCAUUUGCAGAACUGAAACACUUGUUAAGCAUAUUUCCACCAAUUGUCUAUUGCUAGACAUAUCCUGGCUUCUGUUGAUUUUGCUCAUGCCCAGUGGCAGUUUGAUGUUUAAUUGGAAGACCAAGCGGUAAUUUCUUGCUGCUUCUUUGUAUACACCCCCUCCCCCAAACCAGGCUACUUUGGAGCAGAAUAUUUGAUUUUGGCCCUUCACUUUCUGUUCUCAAGUUGGCAUCUUCCAUAGGCUUUACUAAGUAUAAAGGAGUAUAGGAUAGCUACUAACUUUCUUAGCAAAACUGCUGAUGCUAUGUGUGUAUAUGUAUCUACCUAUCUGUUUUAUCAUGUUGUGUAGCACUUUGAGACUUUUUUUAAAAUUUAAGCAAACUAUAAAGGUGGUAUCCCAUGAAAUGCUUCCACUAGUGUAAGGACUUCUGGCUUUGUGGUGGAACGUCUCCUUCCUUUGCCUACCUGUGUCCUAAAUCUGUUCUGGAUUUCCCGCCAACCUUCUGGAGCAUAUUUGAGAAGGGAGAGAGGAAGCUCCAAUGCACAAGAGGAAAUCCUUGCGGUAGUAGAAGCACUUCAGUGAAUACCACACCUCCCUAAGGGAUUUCUAAAAAUAUAUGUGUGUGUGGAGUGUGUGAUGGGGGGUGGAAACCCCACACAUAAGUUUGGAAAAGGCAGGACCAUGGCAGAAAGUCCGAAGUUACAUUCUCCUCUCAUUUCACUGGAAAAUAUUGUGAGUGUGACUUAAACUUAGCUAUAAACUGUUAUGACUCGGGGAGGGGGGCAAAGCUGUAUUUCUAAACUGCUAUAACCCACCCUUGGACCUUGUAGUGAAGGGAAGAUAAGAAAUCAUGUUAUAUUGAAGAAUAAUAAUGGUGAUUAUAAAUAAAAAAAUUGUCCAGUGGAACCUUUAAAGGUAAAGGACCCCUGACAGUUAAGUCCAGUUGCGAACGACUCUGCGGUUGCGGCACUCAUCUCGCUGUACUGGCUGAGGGAGCCGACGUUUGUCCGCAGACAGUUUUUCUGGGUCAUGUGACUAGCAUGACUAAGCCGCUUCUGGUGAAACCAGAACAGUGCAUGGAAACGCUGUUUACCUUCCUGCCGGAGCGGUACCUGUUUAUCUACUUGCACUUUGACGUACCCAGAACAAACUUAGUUGGUCUCUAAGGUGCUACUGGACAAUUUUUUGAUUUAUUUCGACUGCAUCAGACCAACACGGCCAGCUACCUGAACAGUGAUUAUGUUGCUGUUUGGUCCAACAGGUCAGCCUGUACACAGUAAUAAUAAUAAUAAUUAAUAAUAAUUUAUUAUUUGUACCCCACCCAUCUGGCUGGGUUUCCCCAGCCACUCUGGGCGGCUUCCACAGAGACCAAAAAUACAUUAAAAUUUCACACAUUAAAAACUUCCCUGAACAGGGCUGCCUUAAGAUGUCUUCUGAAUGUCAGGUAGUUGUUUAUCGCUUUGACAUCUGAUGGGAGGGCGUUCCACAGGGCGGAUGCCACUACCGAGAAGGCCCUCUGCCUGGUUCCCUGUAGCUUUGCUUCUCGCAGUGAGGGCACAUCAUGGCAAACAUUCUGAAGCUGUGUUUAUAGUUAAAAAUUUUUAAAAAGCACCAAAUUUCUCCAGAGCCUUCAAGGCAUCUUGAAAGAAUGACAGCAAAACAGGAAUUUAACUUUGUUUUUGUUUUUUGUUUUUUGUUUAAACAGUUUUUGACACUUAAGAUCAUGUAAGUUCAUUUAAACAUGAAAACAUUGUUCUGUUUGGAAAAUUAAGAAAUACAAUUACAUAGUGUUGUGAGUUUGGUUGGGGUGGGGAUGGAAGGAUGUAUGCCCGAGUCCCUUCCAGUUCCUGGAUCCAACAGGGAUUCAAUUGCUGCAAUAGCUAGACAAGUUUCUUUGUAAUGGUCCCCUAAGUAUGAAUUGUUAAGGUAACAAAGGAAGUAGCUGUGUGCCAGAGGACAAAUGACUGUGCCCCCUCCCUCAACUGUCUGGUAGUUAGAAAUACAAAAAGCCAGAGCCAGGUGUGUUAGCUGAGGCAGCUGAGAGACAGAGCCAUGCCUGAUUUCAGCUGGAAUACAAGGCAAUGGCUAUGGGAGAAGCAAGACUUCCUCCUUUUGGGGUGCUAAUGCUAUAAGCCCCUCUAUCAUAUGCUCAGGGUGUGUGUGUGAAAAUAAAUCAUAUAUCAUAAAUACACCACAGUCUCUGCUACCCCGCAUUUAGAGAAAAUCAAACCCUGGGUAAGUGCCUGGAACCCCUGGAAUCUCGCACUGCUAUGAGAUUGGGGUGGCAUGCAACAAUAAUGUUUCCAAAUGGUUCCUAUAGCGGCUUAGUAACUUAGUUCAUUUAUAUAUUGUGUGUACUGGGAACACACAUUACUUUAUUGUAAAAUAAAGUUCUUCUUGAGACUGGCUUAACUUAGUACAGGUAAUUAAUUUACUCAAGUGAAAUUGUGCUGUGCAUCUAAACUGAAGCAGUUAAAGCAGUCUAGCCAGUACCUUAAAUGACACAACAGGGUGUUUGGAAUUGGCAGUGAAGGUGCAGAGGCAGGAGUAGACUGGUGAUGAGCUGCAACUUGCCCCAACUCUCUCAAAGAGUUAUUUAUUAAUAUGCAUUAUUACUAGAAAAACUGGAACAAUGACAGCAGUGUUCUGAAGUCCUGCAGAUUGUAUGUGGAUGCAAAAUAUGACUUGUAGAAUAGAAUCAAAGGAUGGAACCAAAUCAUCCUCUUUCUCUUUCCCCAAGGAAGAUCUCUUUCCUUGUUAUAACAUUUGCAGAUUAAUUCAAUUUUUUACCGAGCAGAGUUAAUUCUUCACAUUUGUAUUUAUUCUUUGUAUACAGUUAACCAAUGUGUAUUUGUAUCAACCUUGCAAAUAAAUUCACAGCUGUUGCACACUUGCUCGUCUGCACACUGCUACGUUAGUCAUUUGUGGCACGUUGACAGUCUUGAGGAAAUAACUCUUAUCCAGUUUAUGAAAAAUGUUUAAUCACCUGGGGGGUGACUUUUACUCAGCCCGGGCAAGUGGAUACAGUGAUACCUCGGGUUACAUACGCUUCAGGUUACAUAUGCUUCAGGUUACAGACUCCGCUAACCCAGAAAUAUUACCUCGGGUUAAGAACUUUGCUUCAGGAUGAGAACAGAAAUCGUGCUCUGGCGGCAGCAGGAGGCCCUAUUGGCUAAAGUGGUGCUUCAGGUUAAGAACAGUUUGAGGUUAAGAACGGACCUCCGGAACAAAUUAAGUACUUAACCUGAGGUACCACUGUAUUUACAACCUCACAUGCACACAUGUAAAUGAGGCUUGCAUCCUGCAAGUAGAGCAUAUGGAGCGGCUCUUGGGUCUGGUUUAGAAACUCCAGCUGGUGCAGAAUGCUGCAGCCAGAUUGCUGAUGGGAGCUUCUGGUCAAAAAAUGUGACAGGGUUAAAACAGCUGCACUGGCUGCUCAUCUACUACUGAACCAGGUUCAAGGUUCUUGUGUUGAUUUACAAAGCCUUGAACAACCAGGGUCCAGGAUAUCCCAGAUAUAACCUGAACCCUUAUAUUCCAGCCUGAUCACUGAGAUCAUUUGCAGGAGUGUCUCUGUUCAUUCCCCAAGUUGGUGAGGUUCCACGGACAACAAUGAGAGAUCAUCAGUCCUGUCCUAUGGAACAUUCUGCCAAUAGAGAUUCAGCAGCCCCCUUCUGUGCCAAUCUUUAAAAGCAUGCUGAAAACUUUUAUUCUGCCAGGCCUAUGCAGACAAUUAAGAAUACAUCCCCCACAAUGGUCUGUUGAGCUUUGUUUUUAAUUUAUUUUUGCUUUCAACUUGUUUUUAACUUUUUAUGAUGUUUGGUUUUUUGUGGUAUAUAAAUAUUUUUUUCCUAAAUAAUUAUUACAUAUGUUUUCUUGGCUGCUACUGGAAGUCCAGUUACUCCCUCCCAAAUCAAGCCUGAAAAGGCAAUGACAUUCCACCCCAUGUACUAACACAACACCCUGUACAGUACUACUCUAUAUACAGUUUGACUUGCUAUGUUAUGAGGUAAAUUGUAAAGUGUAAUUAAAAAAACCCAUCCUGUUUAAGUCAUAUGGUGCUCAGGAUUAUUAUUACUGUUGUUACUAAUUAUCCUCCCUUCACACUAAGGUGUCGGGUGGGUUACACAGUUUAAAAUACAGCAUUUAAAACAGUUUUAAAACCUUCUAAUUACUGUACAAUAAAUCUCCUGCAAUCACAAAACAUAGGGUGACUCCAGGGAUCAAAUGCAUUGUGCAACUGUGAUAGAAUACAUCUCAUUGUUUUUAAGUUGGAAAUUAAAUUCAUUCCCUCCCCCCUUUUUAAAAAAUAAACAACCUAGUUUUAAAGGAAAACUGAAUUUAUUGCAAACAUACAAUUUCUUAAACUGAAUUACGGUAUUUUAUCAAACACAUUGUGUCAGAAGCUGCUUUUCUAUGUGAGAGAAUAUAUUACAUCAAACUUAGAAGCUUUAAGUGUUAUAAAGUCUGUUGUGUAUUGCGUAUUUAUUAUGGUAACAACACUGAUGUCUAUGAAGAUUUUAGAUAAGCAGAUGAUUAGAAAGGACCGUGAACAGUAAGACCCUUGCACAAGGUUGAUUGUAAAUGUGCUCCAAGGACAGAGGCUGGUUGUGAAUGUCCUUCAUCAUGACUUCCUGAAUGUUCAUUUGAGACCAUUAAUCAGCAUCUUAAUAAUCUUUCUAGAAGGGAGAUGGAGCAAGAUUCAGAUCCAGCGCUUUACUGCUGUGUAGCAGGCUACCAUGCAGUACUUUUACUCUUUAUUGACCAUAAGGCCAGGAGGCAUGGAAGCUGGUGGGGAAAUUGUGUCUUUCUGUGAGCUUGCAGCAGGUCCUGGGAGUUAUGAGCUGCUAUGCAGUCUGUGUGUUUCAACCAAAUUCAUGCUACAACACUCCCUAUCCAUGUGGGUAAGAAACUGAAUAUAAAUGGUUCAGAGCAGAUCUGACCUGGAAGCAGAGGUGGCUUCAAUGUGUUCCCAGCCCCUGUGCAAAUUUUGUGGCAGCAAAAGUGAUGACAACAUCUUAAGCCAGCUGGGUUUCUUCAUAAAAUCUUGCUCACCAUGCAAAGGGCCAUAAUAAUUUUUGGGCUGUAUCUUCCUCCUCCUGCUGCUUAAUACUUAGCACAAAUAGCAUGUUAGCCACUGUUAAUGUGAUAAAUUUAACACAUUGUGUAGGACCAUUGUGCUGUGAAGCAUAAAAUGUUGAUUUUAAUACAAUCCUGUCAAUUUUUGUAAAUGCUUUUCCUAUAAAACAGCCUUCACCAGCCUGGUGCCCUCCAGAUGUUUUGGACUGCCAAUGGUUGUGCUGGCCAAUGGUGGUGGGAGUUGUUGACAAAAACAUCUAGCGGGUAUAAGUUUUGCAAUGGUUGCUGUUAAGUUCUUCUUACUGCUAUAUAGUUUUAUGUGCAGUCUCACCAUGUAAACUGAAAUGAAGACUCUUCCAUAAUGGAGAUAGCAAGUAGAGAGUUGUGAAAUAUAUGCAUGAUAUAAAAGGCUGUAUAGCUAUAUAUGUGGGUUAACUUGCUUCUUUUCUAGAAAGUGACUGUUCCAGGACCUAACGGUCUACAUACUCUAAUCAAUGCACGUGUAGAAAAGAAAAUAUUUAAACUUCAGAAUAAUAUACUGUGAUUAUUGGAUCAACAGAAUUACAGUGAAAAUAUUUAUCUAAUGAAUUGGCCUCUUUGAAGUUUUUCUCUGCCCUCUAUUUUUUGUCAGCAAGAGAUCCAGGUCUGUAAACAAACUCAUUUGGAAUUAAUGUGGUAAUCGAUUAAUUGGUGCAGUUAACCAGUUAAAAGUUCGAUUGCCAUCUUAAAAUAGAACACAAAUUGGAGUCAUGCCUCUAGAGAUUAUUAUAUAUCUCAUUUGCAACACACUUCUUUGUGUUCUGCCUCUACCCCCUCCCCAUUUCCUUGCUACUCCGUAGGAGUCCUUGGAGUAGUUAGCAAGUGGGAUCUGGGCAAAGUCAUGAAAGAAAUUUUGCAGAGCAGUUUUCCUUCCUUUCCUUCAGGGACUUAUUCAAUGGCAAAAGAGAAAGGAGCAGCCCUAGGUAUAUUAUGUGGGGUGUAGCUCAUGUAAAAUAGGGGCUUGCUAAUACAUUUGCAACUCAGUGAAGUAUCUACACUGAAAAAGGUUGGUUUAAGUGUCAUCUUGUAGUUAUAUGAGCAUUGAAGGACAGCCAUGACAGCAGUUACAGUGCAUAAAAAUAAAACUAAUUUGUAGGUAAGGUCUGCAUGUCAGUUAAGGGCAUGAGCACCUCUGAGAUUCCUGAUCUAGUUCUAGGAUCUGGGAAGGAAUUUUUCCAGAUCCAUAGACUGUUAUGAGUGAUGUUAUGAGUGAUGGCUGGGGUUCCUAGUCUCUUCACAGCAAAGCAAAUAUAACACAAGGGUAGCCAACGUGGUACACUCCAAUUUUUCCCCAACUACAUACUGUAUUUUUUGCUCUAUAAGACUCAUUUUUUCCCUGCUAAAAAGUAAGGGGAAAUGUGUGUGCGUCUUAUGGAGCGAAUGCAGGCUGCACAGCUAUCCCAGAAGCCAGAACAGCAAGAGGGAUUGCUGCUUUCACUGCGCAGCAAUCCCUCUUGUUGUUCUGGCUUCUGAGAUUCAGAAUUUUUUUUUUCUUGUUUUCCUCCUCCAAAAAUUAGGUGCGUCUUAUGAUCUGGUGCGUCUUAUAGAGCAAAAAAUACGGUAUCCUGUUUUUCCUGGCUGAUGGAGCUGAGGGGAGUUUUAGUCCAAUAACAUCUAUAGCAGGCAUGUCCAAUAGUAGAUUACUGGACGUCUGCGGUAGAUCACAGGUAGAUCAUUGGCUCCCCCCCAAAGAAGCUGAACAACUGUGGCUCCCCUAAAAAAAGCUCAGCAUUUUGCCUCCUCCCUGAAAAACCUCAACAACUUUGACCCGAACCCCCCAAAAGGGGGUAGAUCACUGCCAGUUUUUAACUCUGUGAGUAGAUCACAGUCUCUUGGGAGUUGGCCACCCCUGAUCUAUAGGAUACCAUGUUGACUAUCCCUUAUGUAAAGCGUUGCUUUGCUGUUCUCAAAAGUGUACAACUGGGCUUCAGACAGAGACAACGUUUUUGAGGGAGUAUGUAGGGAUGGACUCCUCACAGGCCCUCAUAGAUGAUGGCACUUAAAGGACCUCAGAGGUUACGGGCACAAAGCAGUCUGAAAUACAGCACCCCAAGUUAUUGCCUGUGCACAGAAUAGUGAUUGAAUCAUAUGCUGUCUUGGGCUACCUUACAGUUUGUCCUGAGGGUGGGCUGAGUAGUUGGCCUGUCAGCCACUAUGCUUCUGCUGCUUUACGCCGAAGUCUACAGAAGCUGUAUGUAAUAAAACUGUGACCUUUUACAACCCAGCUCUGUUUUUGUUGUCUUCCUUUCUAACCCUGCUUGCCACUGCUGCAAACUCAACCUUUGAUCUCAGACACUAGUGUUCUCCUGCAAGUACCCUCUGCACUCUGCAUCAGUUGUGGAUGCAUAAACCAACUCUGUCUAUAGUAUCACUAAAGAGGAACAAGCAGCUUCUUGACAUUUGUAAGAAGUUUUGUCAGUUUUCAGUGUAUAAACACAAUUACAGAAAUUCCCUCCCCAUGCCAACUUGUCCCCUGCAGGACAGAUCAGUCCAUUAAGUUUUGCCCCAGUCCAGUUUGUGAUUCCAGUGGAUGCUAUUCUUCAGGAUUAUCAUUUGACUAUUUUAUCAGAGGAUGGCAAAUUUCAGUAAAGUCAUCUGCAUCUCUUGUAUUGUUCAAUGUGUGCAGUCUCUUUGUUAAUUUUUUCUGAUAAAGCAAUUACCCUUACACUCUGUUUCCAGCAAGGUGUUUGCAAAUAUUCCAUUCCUUUCCAGUUCUGUACUACUAUUAUGUGUGCUGCCACCAGAAGAAAAAUGUUUACUGUAAUUCUUUUUAAUAGAGGUCAAGCUGCUCUUCUCUUAAAAUGGUUAGCAGCCCCAAAUUUGGGGUACUUUCCACAUGUUGACCUGCAGUGUGGUUUAUUUCCAUAAAUGGACUCUGCCAGAAGGGCUGUACGUAAUCACACAACCCAACAUGUGGAAUGUUGUACCUAUCCUGUUGCAGCCUCUCCAGCAGAGGUGGGAGUAUUUUUUUUUAUAUAGCUACAUGCCAUCGAUGUAGUAAUUUAAAUGUUUUUUAGCCCACAAAUUAUUCCAGUCCACCUCCUUAAUUUUGAUACCUGUGUCAGAUUUCCAUUGUUGUUAUAAAGAAUUGCAUCGUCCAUUGUUAACUCAUUAUUUUUUCUAUAAAGCAUAGAAAGAAGGUGGGGUUUUUUGCAUGUCCGUUUGUGUGUAAAAUUAAAUUUUCAAAUGGUGUCAGAGGUCUUGUGGAAUGUGCAUUAAUUUCUGAAUUUGAUAUAAAGUGCAUUAUUUGAUGAACACAUAGCCAAUUUACAUUCUGCAUUCCAACGUUUUGGAAACAAGCUGCUUAUGCACCAUAAGGCCACUGAUACUUUGAGGUUGAGGUAUUUAGUCACUAAAAGUGACUAAGAGAAGCUGGUUUUGAUCAGAAGGUUCAAUGCUGUUGGGAUUUUGUGGAAUUUAAGAAGUAGGAGGGGGGGUUGAGCAAUAGCUUUCAGUGUGCUGUAACCAUUGAAUCCACAGGGUAAUUUCUAACUCUUUUUGAUAGUAUUAAGCCAACUGGAGAAUGAUUGGAAUUAAGGAAUUUUUGUAUCUUGAUAACUCAAAGCAUAAACAGGCCGUUAACUCCCCCCUACCUCCCGGCCUUGGAUUAGUCUUCCUUAUUGUAUUAAAUAAUUCAGACACUAGACAAGGAAAAGUCAGUGCACUGUCAUACCAGGUCCCCUUCACAGGACGACAAAUUCUUUGAUCCGAGCUGCUCAUUUUUAUUUUGUCAGCAAUUCCUUCUCCAAGUACAUUAUGGCAGUGGAUUUGCACUUGCCAUGAUCUGGGAGAGAUUGCGAUAAAGAGUACUCAGCUCCCAGUCUUCUCUACUUGGAAAGGAUUGUGAGAUCCACCUUAAAGCAAGUGCAAUGGAUUUUGUCAGGUGGGUGGGCAUUAUAUUCUUGACAGGUGGAUUCUUCUACCCAGAUGUUAAAGUUAGCCUGGGAGUGGGGACAGAUAAAAUUUCCCCACUUGUUUAAGUUAUCUCCAGCAAUCCUCUGGUGGGAGAUUCAACAUUUGCACAGUUACAUUUUCAGGCUCUUCAGUAUUCUGAAAGGUAGUAGCUCAUGGUGUUUGUGUUCAGCAUUUUUAUGCUGUAACUGUAUUGCCGUAUCUGGUGAUGGAGUGUAGUCUUUAAAUAUGUAUAUUUAGUGGAUACAGGCUUAAGAAUAGAUAGGAUCUCCUUGGCCCAUGUUCAGUGUUCUAACUAAAUUCUCAGGACUGCAUUCAGAUUGGGAUGGGGAUAGAACAAGCAUGGAUUGUAUGCCAUCAUAAGCUCCUUGGAGGAAAGGCAAGGUGCAAAUAUGACCAAAAAGAAAGAUGGGGAAAUGCCAUCGACUGGAAAAGAUCUUCUGUAGCUUUUCUGAUCAAUAAUGGUGUUGGAUUUAUAGCUGUCACUUUUCUUCCUGAUGAAUUGUGCUGGUUUAGCAUUCAUUUCAGAGUGUACUGUAUAAAGAAGGACCAUAACUCUGUGGCAGAACAUCUGUGUUGCAUGCAGAGUGCUCCAAGUUCAACCCUUGGCAUUUCCAGGUAAGGUUGCAAGAGAUGGUUGGCUGAAAUCCCAGAAAGCUGCUGUCAGCCAGACUCAAUAUAAGUCAGCUUUCUAGGUUCCUAUAGUUUUGACCUGUUACUUUGGUGAGCAGACUAGAUUUCUGUCUUCACUUGAUGUUUUCAGUUGCUACAUUUGGGGUGAAUUCCAGAGGAAUUCAGUACUUUUCAAUAUUUUACAGCCAAAAUUAGUCUUACUCGUCUUUAAGAGGCCACAAAUGUAUUUCAGGAUAAACUUUCUUAGGCAGUAAGCUAUUUGGUAAUAUGAAAGAAGUAGUCACCUGUAAGCAUUUACUAGACUUGAAGGUGCCAUGAAACAAUUAAGAUGAACAUUUAUGGUCAUCCAAAGCUGUCUUGUGUUGAGUCAGGCCUUUCAUCUGUGUAGGUCAGUAUGUCUUCAGUGGAUCUCCAGAUUUCAGACAGCUGCUUUUCACAGCCUUGCCUGCAGAUACCUUCUGGUCUUUGCUCCCUAACUUCGCAAAACUUCACAAAAUACAACGUGUCAUUUAAGUGGGGCAAGCACUCCCUAGGACAAAGAUCUCAAUUCACAUACAGACCACAACCAUCCAUCCAACAAGAAACAAUUCCCUGGUCCUGAAUGGGGUAACUGUGCCCUUGAAGGACCAGGUGUGCAGCCUGGGAGUCAUUUUGGACUCACAACUGUCCGUGGAGGUGCAGGUCAAUUCUGUGUCCAGGGCAGCUGUCUACCAGCUCCAUCUGGUACGCAGGCUGAGGCUCUACCUGCCCGCCGACUGUCUCGCAGGAGUAGUGCAUGCUCUGGCUAUCUCCCGCUUGGACUACUGCAAUGCACUCUACGUGGGGCAAUCUUUGAAGGUAACCUGGAAACUACAGCUAAUCCAGAAUGCGGCAGCUAGAUUGGUGACUGGGAGCGACCACCAAGACCACAUAAAACCGGUCUUGAAAGACCUACAUUGGCUCCCAGUACGUUUCUGAGCACAAUUCAAAGUGUUGGUGUUGACCUUUAAACCCCUAAUAAACGGCCUUGGCCCAGUGUACCUGAAGGAGCGUCUCCACCCCCAUCGUCCAACCCGGACACUGGGGUACAGUGCCGAGGGCCUUCUGGCAGUUCCCUCACUGCAAGAAGCGAAGUUACAGGGAACGAGGCAGAGGGCCUUCUCAGUAUUGGUACCCGCCCUGUGGAGCGCCCUCCCAUCAGAUGUCAAAGAGAGAAACAACUACCUGAUGUUUAGAAGACAUCUGAAUGCAGCCCUGUUUAGGGAAGUUUUUAAUGACUGAUGUUUUAAUGUAUUUUUAAUCUUUGUUGGAAGCCACCCAGAGUGGCUGGGGAAACCCAGCCAGAUGGGUGGGGUAUAAAUAAUAAAUUAUUAUGAUUAUGAUUAUUAACCAAGAUAAUCAAGAGUCUGGAAACUAAGCCCUGGGCAUGCUUAGCCUGGAAAAGAGGAGAUAUGAUCGCCAUCUUCAAAUAUCUUAAGGGCUGUCACAUGGAGGAGGGAGCAUGCUUGUUUUCUCCUGCUCUGGAGGGUAGGACUCAAACCAUUGGCUUCAAGCUGCAAGAAAGGAGAUUCCAAUUAAACAUUUGGAAAAAACUUUCUGACAGUAAGAGCUGUUCAGCAGUGGAACAAAUUCCCACGAGAGGUGGUGGACUCUUCUUCCUUGGAGGGCUUUAAGCAGAGGUUGGAUGGCCAUCUGUCAUGGAUGCUUUAGCUGAGAUUCCUGCAUUGCAGGGAGUUGGACUAGAGGACCCUUGGGGUCACUUCCAACUCUAAGAUUCUUUGAUUCUAUGAUUCUUGUCAGGAGGGCUUAUGUAAUAAGAGCCAUAGCAGUGAUGAUUAUGGGAGGUGCAGUGACUGUAAUGUAUGAAAGAGGUUGGUAGGUUGUUGGUAGCGUUGACAGCAGUGCUCAGAGAUCACAAAUUGCCACCUGUGCUACAGUGUUAUUGGCAUUAUCUCUGGGCAAAGAGAGCACACAGAGUGCCUCUCAAUUGUUGCAUGCUAAGGCUGCCAUCCAACGUAAUACAUUACUGUAUUUCUUUCGUCUUAUUUUGAAAAUUUAAACACAUGUUGGAAAACCUCAUUAAGGGUAGCUUUUUGAGGAGUUCAAAGGAAGGCUCUCAGUCUACUUAUAAUCAAAUGUUAAGCAAAAGCUUUCAGUUAUACUUUGAACAAGGGGUGGGAGGUUCUUGCUGUGGAUGCUUAUGGGCAAAGAUUCAUAUCACGCAGGUGAGAACCUGGGUGAGGAGGACAGAGGGGGGUGAAAGGUGUUAAAUUGCUCAAAGGCCACUGAAUGAGACAGUCUGUUGUCACAAAGUAGGGCCUGGGGCCUUCUUUUUGCGAGAAACAGAGGGAAAGUGAGUGGGCUGUCAAAGGUAAAAAAUGAGGUGGGAAGUGCUGCUAAGACCCAUGGUGGUUUAAAGUCAUGUGUUUAUUUUUUACCAAAGUAUUUGGUUAAAUUAGAAACAUUAGUUUUUGUCAUUGUGGUUUUGCUUGUUUGCCUUAUAACAGAAUUGUUUAUAGGAUUUUGUAAUUUCUAUAUAUUGAUGUCCCCCCAGUUUAUUUUUACUAGUUUUUUUAUAAAAAAAACCUCUUAUCCUGUUUUUUAAAGAAAUCAAUGAGAGCAGACCAAAUUUCAUAAAAUGAAUAUUUCCUUUUGUUGUCUUUAUGCCCAAACUUUACUAGUUCAAUUUUUUUUGCCAGCAUAAUUGUCUAUACUUUAUUAUGCCAUGCUUCUAACAAUAGAUGGUUCAAGUUCUUCCAGCAUUUUGCAACUGUAAAUGCACCCCUACAAAUAAUAAUAUUAAGAUUUACCUUAUAUCUGGGAUGUCAACAUUUUGCUCACUAUUUUUUAAAAAAUCCAUCUGUGUUUCCUUUUACCAUAAGACUAUAUUGUUUUAUUUUUAUUUGUAUUGUUUUGUUCCCCUGUGAAUAAAAUAAAUAAGAUGAAAAGCCAUCUUUUAAUGUUUCCUUCAAUAGUAUUCCAUCAAUAGUAGAGAAAUAAUAUGGACUGUUCGGUUAUUUCCUAAAACAGUAGUCUUCACCUUUUCAGACCUGCGAUCCACCUUUAACCCAAACAUGCAUUUGGGGAACCCAUUUCUUACCAUAUGUUUAUAUGGUGGUAGUGCUGCUGUUACUAUCCACCUUAGAUCAGGCCUUUGACCUGGUAAUGGAUCCUGACUCACCAGGUGUAGGCCAGUGUGCUAACACAUUGGAAUUAAAAUAAGUCUAUCAGUCCUGUGGAAGAUCCAGGUUUAAAAGACAGAAUAAUGUUUAUUUCAGUUAUUGUGAAUCAAUUGAUUAAAUUGAUUGAUGCUUGUAGACUUAGAUACAACUUAAGCUGCACUGAGGGGACAGUCAUUAAAAGUUCAUCUUCAUUAAUAGUUUAUAUUUGUGUACUUUUAGUGUUUGAGUUUGAAGAUACAGCAUCUUGGUUAUAACCAUACUCCCAAAUAGGCAGUAAGUUGUGCUGAAAUUAAUGAAAGUCAUGUAUGUAUGUAUGAAUGAAUGAAUGAAUGAAUGAGGGAGGGAGCGAGGGAGCGAGCUGCAUCUAACUUAAUUGCUCCAAAGCACCUUGAACAAAGUUCUAACUGCAAAUGACAAAAUUAGGAACUGUAAAUGAAAGAAUACAACAAAUAAGUUGUUUUGUCCAGAGGCAGGACUAGGUGGGGUUGAGGCAGACUGUAAAUGCAUCUCUAAUGUAUCAUAGGGUGUGUGUGCUUAAAGCAGCCAUAUACUUAAGCACUCACCUGGUAGCCAUUGGUGGCAAGGAAUCUCAUCUGAUAGGUGAGAGGGAGGCAGCAGUUUGGUCCCAGUGUGAAGCACAUUUCGUGUUCUCCACAAUAAAGUUAGGGGAGAAUGGAAUUGAUUAUAAAAAAUAGUUAUUUCAGUGUGAUGGGUUUGUGGGUUUGUUUGUUUGUUUGUUUGUUCAUUUAGAUACUUACCAUGAUUUCCUUUUUUAAAAAACAAUAGCCUGCAACAGUUAUAUAUACACAAUAUAAACACAUAAUAAUUAAGAUUGCAAAAGGAUUGCAUUGGUGUUUCAAGGUUUUUGGCAGACCUUGGCUCCUUUUUUUGUUAAUAGAAGUACAGUUUCUCACAGCCGAAUUCUGUGAUACUGGUACUAUAUUCAGAAAGUUCAGUUUUCUACCAUUGUUACUGCCAAGAGAGCACCACAUAGUGCUCCGUGUAGUGCAGAGAAAUGUAUUUUGAAAUAGAGAGACAGGCCCCAGAAAAUGCAAUGUGUGCUUUGGCUGAUCUGUUUACAAUUAUAAUUUUGUAUAACUUUUUGUUAUUAGAACAACUUAUAAGUCUGUCCCUCUUUUUUUCCUUACAAAUUGAAUUCAGACUUUUAAUUCCAAUUUCACUUUGCAGUAGGACUAAUUUCCCCAGAAUGGUCAACAAGGACAAUAUCAUUUAAUGCAGAAAAUUACCCAGUAACCAUGUUGUUUUGCUCACAAAAGGUUGUUAAAAGUAACCAAGUGAUUUCCUUCCCUCUUCCAAUAUACACUUAUGAAUCAAGUGAGGAUUCUUAUCCAGGUUAGCAAUUAUGAGGCGGUGUCUUAAUUCUGGAUUAAUUAUUGUGGGAUAUAAUUUCCAGUUGUGUUGGAAGGGUGAUUGGCAAAGCAUCUCAUUUUGUCUCAGCCCUAUUGAACCACCACCCUAGCAUGCUGACUUGUAUCCAAAGAAUCUGCAUUGGCAGGAUCCAGAACUGGUUGGAGCAGCUCUGCUUCUGCCUCUGGAUGAGUUUCAGUAAAAUAGAUGCAGGUAUUAAAGCCAUGAUGUAGGUCACAAGCCUUUCCUGUAUUCUGUAUAGUACAUAAAACAAUGUUACUUCAUGCUCACUGCCUCCCUCACAAGAAAAAGUUUUUACAGGAAAUCAAUGUUGCUUUUGAAUAAGGUGAUUCCAAAGCACCUUGAGUGAAUGUAGUGUGAGGUGAAAACUUCCUUUCCAGGGAAUUUGAUAGCUAUGGGUUCUUCCCUUUAUUGGCACCAAGUUCUGCUUGCUUUUCCCAGCAACCAAGCUAGAUCAUACUAGAAUCUGAUGUCUCUUACAUUUUGACGCAAUGCAAAACAGCAUUUCCUUUUUUCACAAGCAUUGCAUCAUUGUAGCUGUUACUACUUUAUCCAGGCUCAUGAGGCAAUUUCAGCACCCAUAGUUCAUGCAGCUCAUCAAAAUGUAGGAUAAAGGGGAGGAAAUUUGUUUUGUUUUAAGCAAGUAACAAUAGUAAAUAUUUAGCUCAUGUUUUAUCUGCAGAGUGUAAUUACAUCUGAUAUAUAGUUUAACAACAUUGUUACAUUGCUUAAUAGACAGAAUAGUUUCUUUUUAUCAGUUUCUCUGUUCCACAGUUUCAUGGAUUUACUAAUUUUGGCUUGGGUUGGAGUCCUAUUUUUUCAGCACCAAAACAAAUCCCUAUUUAGGGUGGUAAAAGUGGAAUUUACCCCUAACUCUUCAGUCUUGGAACUGAGUCUACAAGUUGGCCUCAUUGCUGAAAGGUCGGCCUGAGUUUGUACUGUUCUCCCCUCUUUCUCCCCAUACCCUGCUUGUGUUACAUCUUGACUGAUUAAUAGCUCUGGAGAACUCAGAAGCUUCCCACACCUUUGUGGCAUUUUGGGUGAGCUCCCGUUGCUCGGUCCCUGCUCCUGCCAACCUAGCAGUUCGAAAGCACGUCAAAGAGCAAGUAGAUAAAUAGGUACCGCUCUGGCGGGAAGGUAAACGGCGUUUCCGUGCGCUGCUCUGGUUCGCCAGAAGCGGCUUAGUCAUGCUAGCCACAUGACCCGGAAGCUGUACGUCGGCUCCCUCGGCCAAUAAAGCGAGAUGAGCGCCGCAACCCCAGAGUCGGUCACGACUGGACCUAAUGGUCAGGGGUUCCUUUACCUUUAAUAAAGGUAUUACUCAACUUUUAGGAGCGUUUUUCUUAUGGAUCAAUGCAGCUGCAUUUGCAAGAUCUUUAUCUAUCUAUCUAUCAUCUAUCUAUCUAUCUAUCUACUGUAUUAGCAGUUGUAAGACAUGUACAGAGUCAAUACUCAUGAUCGUUAACUCAGAUUGGAACCUUCAUUCCUUAUAUUCACACAUUAUAAAAGCUGUGGUGGGGGGGUCCACUCUGAUUGUGCAUACAUUAAAGAGAUUAGAUUAUUUUUAUAAGAAAGUAUUAUAUAUUAAGUAAGCAUAGAAACAUGCAUUUGUGGACAUUCAGAAUUUCAUUCCUGCUCGGAGGUGGGGUUUGUUGGUAUUUUUAUGUGUGAAGUAAAUACCACUUUUUGGUGUACUAAUUAGUUUGACUCCUGGAUGGCAGUACUUCAUUCAGCCCUUUGCUUUAAUUCACCGAGUUUUCCUGUCAUUCAAACUCUGUUAAUUUCUCUGAGCCUUGCAGUAAAAAUCUGUGCAUAGCUGCUGAUUUGUUAGGUUGCACUCCUUCUCUCUUAAGAAUGUCCUUUUUGGCUGCAAUCCUGUAUCUUUUCCUUGGAAUGAUCCCUAUUGAAUACAGCUGAACUUCCAAGUAAACAUGUAUAGGAUUGUGCAGCAAAUGCACUGCUUCUUUGGUUUUUUUCCCAUCUGGUAUAGUCUGGGCUUUGUAUUGUGCAUUUCCCUUAGAAAGUAAAUGCUAUGUUUAAAACACUGUUGAAGUUAGAAAUAUUCAGUGCUUACUCUAUGAAGGUAGACGAUGAGAUAGUAAUUCAGAUUAGUUUUCCCAUUAGUGUUUUGUUUCUUUGAUUUGGUAUGUUUUCUUACUUGUAAAUUUCAUUUCUAUGUCUCUUGCCCUAUGGGACUUUAAAACGAAAAAAGUAUGUGUGGCUGGAGAUAAGAGCUUUUUUGAAACUUAGCUUCCAGCCACUGGCUGAACCAGGGACAGCAACUGUCACGGAACUCUUGGGUCCAGCAUUCUGACUUACCUGCUUAAGGAAUAGUAGAGCAACUACCAGUUUUUUCCAUUACUCUCCAGUAUUCGAAAAACCAGUUGUGCUUAGCAGAGCAAGUGAUUUAUAAACGUUAUGGUUACUGAGCCUUAUCAAAUCAAAUUCUCCUGAAUGACAAUGUGCAGCCAACACCUUUGAGAAAGUGAGCCUCCCCCCUGUUCCUCCAUCAUCAAAAUCGUCUUGAGCAGCACUGGCUUGAUCAAUUUGGGUGCAGUAAAACUUUGGCUCUCUCCAUUCAUUUAGCAUACUUUUCUCAUGUUUAGUUAGUUGUUUGAAUUGUUCAGAGCUUAAUGGAAGCUCUCUUGCAAUUAUUACAGUCCCCAAAUUUGGUGAUGGUUUUCCUAGGUGGGCAAAAAGAUGCAGGCCCUGUUUCUCAUAACAGCAGUAAUAUGCUGUUGUGUAAAUGUAUUGGAUAUAGCCUCUGAGGCUCUUAUAGUGGUAAAAGCAUGCAUUUUCUUUUAGGAGCGAAAAACAAGUGAGUCUUAACUCAUCUGAGUAAUACGGAUUUCUCCCCCCCCCCCCAUUAAAAAAACAACAACUCAUGUUCCUUGAUUUGGUUGAUUCCAUCUUUGUAGAAAAGCCAUACAAAUUAGCAGUCAUCUGGUUAUCUGAAGGUAGUGAUAGCUACUUCCGGGUGCUAGGAACAUACCAACUGGCAGUAGAACAGCAUUUGCAGCCACUUAAACAGAACAGCAGUGUUAUAGAGGCUGUUUACAGGGCUUUCUUAGUUGGGCUACAGGCUACUGGCCCCUGACUAGCACAGGAGAAUGAGCCAGGCAUGCAGAAAAUCUCAUAGUACUUCCCAUGUUAGUGGACAGUGCCGUGCAAAGUGCCUUGGGUUAAAAGGGAGACUGAAUAGCCUCUCCUUGAAGCUUCCAUAACUGGCUACAGUAGCACUCCCUGCUAUACACAUUUAGCACUACAUUGGUUUGACCCAACUUAGCUGAGAGCUAUUGGGAAGGAGUUUGUAUAAUCUCAGAAACUGUUCCUGAUUAGGGAACUUUAUCUUGUAUCUUGAGAACCACAGACGUUGUCUGGGUGGGUUAAUCGCUUCUCUUGCAACUCUCUAGGUGAUGUAGCUGAUCAUCAAGCUGGUUGGACACAAUAGAUAGAUGUUAGGCCACUCUUUACCACUACAUUUCUGCACUGGUAGGAACGAUCUUCACCUGCCGUCACUUUUAAAUCAUCAUGAGCCUACUCGAACUCUAUGUCUUCAACUCAGGUGAGAUCUUAAUAUCUGGCUUAAGCUUUGCAGAACUUUUGUUUGCAAAAGUACAUAGAAAACCACAUUAAGAUGCUUUAGUCCUUCAAGGGAAUAUUUGCAAACUGUGCAAUUACUGAUGCCAGAGAGAAUUCUGAUCAAUUUUUAUGCAACAGAUACAUCCUCUCAUGAGGGGGGAAUGCCCUCCCUUCUUUUGAGGUAGAGGAGCAGCAGAUUUCUUUUGGAGAAAUUGAAAAAAUGCAAUACUACUUUUUGAGCACUCUUUUAGAUGUUGAAAGCCACACUGUUACUCUAAGAAUAUUAAGUGCAUUAUGUAUCACUUGGUUUACCAUAAAGUUAUAAUGUCUGAUAUUUUUAAAAUACAGCUUAUUCAGACAGUACUUACAGAUUUAAUUUAUUAAGUUUUUGUUACACCUGGAUGUAGAAGCUGCUACACUGUAAGGAACCUAGCAUCCCUUUGGAUUUGCCAGUUUAUGAGGACAAGGCAAGAAUAGAAACCUUCAACAUUACAGUAAAACAAAUUGUGUCUCCUCUAGUCCUCCUGUCAAGCAGGUAGAAAGCAUACAUUUCCAUAAAAAGAACUGGGGGAAAGAGGGGAAGGGAAACAAAAGUCAAUGAACACUACAUGAUAUUUAGUCUUUUACUAAGCUAUCACUAUCACUAUCAGUUUCUCUUUUCUCAUAUUUGUCAUCCUAUUUAUCAUGGACUUUGAAAAACUGAAAAUUUGCCCAGAUCGAAACAAGCUUCUACCCUUUCAUAUGCCAGUUUAUUUCUUGAUUUGGUGCAUUUCCAACAUAGAUCAAUUUCUUUCACAUGCUGCAGAAGAUGGAGGAAUUUGAAGUAGGUAAGAAGCAAGAGGAGUCAGAGACCGUAUUGUGCACAGACCUAGCCAAUAUGUUGCAGGAGGGAUGCGCUUGACAGAAUCCCAGACUGCAUCUCUUGGCCAAAUACCUGAAUAUGUUCUGUAUUCUGCAACAUCUGAAAGCACCUUUCCAAUAUCAAACCCUCAGGAUGCUGCUUGCUUUGUAAUCCACUCAAAAUGUAGAAGCAGUGCUAUUAUAACUUCAACUUUGAGAGUUAAACUCUUAUUGUACAGCUCAAGACCUACUUGUCCUCAAUGUACAGGAAUUGUCUUCCUGUUGCACAGUUUUGGAAAUCAUUUUGAGUGAGCAAAUAUCUGAACACCUUGUCUUAAAUAUUUAAUAAUCCAAUUAUUCUCAAUUUAUUCCAAUUUUUCAGAAAAACAAAAAAGGCUUUAACAAAAAUGGGAAUCCCCCCCCCCCCCAGCCCUCAUAUCUCUAGGUGAAAAUGUUAAUUUUAAAAUGAUUUGCUGAACUUCACUUGAGUAUAUCUCUGGAGGAUAUAGUUUUAUUCCCAUGACAGACAUUUAAAUGUAAGUGACAAGACUUUGGCACACCAUUGUGAAGCUAAUAUAAUCCUUAAGUGUCCUAGGGGAUGCAAGCACAUAUUUUGCUGUAGAUGGGCUGCUAUGGUGGGAAAGGGGUUGGUAGAAAUGGAUAUAUUGGGAUGAGAGGUUUUAAGUAACUGGCCUCUAGGGAGCUCUUGGCCACCAUCUGGUCCUACUUGCAUGCCUAUAGCUUUUGGAUGAGGGUCCUUUUGAAGACUCUUGUCCCCCUCCCCCUUUCUGCCACACCAAAAGCUCUGUUGGUAAUGCGUUGCUCCAUUUUCACCCUAUUUACAUGUGGAUCUCUAUUGGACUGGUUGCAGGAGAAACUCCUGUGGCAACCAUCAUGUUUAUAAAACUUAUUUUUCAAUAACAAGCUUUUAUUUUAGUUAAGUAGGAAGACUUGUAUCUCAAUAUAACUAAUUUCCAGCCCUGGGAAUACAGUUCAGAUUUCUAAAUGAUCUUGAGAGUCACAUAUGAGCAGGUGCCUGGGAUUUUACUUGAAUUCCAGUGCCGCCUUUCAGUUACAGUGGUACCUCGGGUUAAGAACUUAAUUCGUUCCGGAGGUCCGUUCUUAACCUGAAACUGUUCUUAACCUGAGGCACCACUUUAGCUAAUGGGGCCUCCCACCGCCACCGCGCCACUGCCGCAUGAUUUCUGUUCUCAUCCUGAAGCCAAGUUCUUAACCCGAGGUACUAUUUCUGGGUUAGCGGAGUCUGUAACCUGAAGCGUCUGUAACCCGAGGUACCACUGUAUUCCUGUUACAUUGCUAUCCCACCUUUCCUCCAAGGAGCUCAAAGUUGUAUAUACUGUAUUGGCCUGAAUACAAGCGUCACUUUUUUACCAAAUUCCGACUGUGAAAAGUUAAAGUGCGGCUUAUAUUCACAACCAUACAGUAUGCAGCCAGGAGCGCAGGGCAAACAGCAGCAGGAGCCCGCCACACGCAUAGUCUUCUGUCCUCUCCCCCAAGGUUGGGAAGGGAGAAAACAAGGAAGGGGAAAGGUCACUGGCAACGCAGCGUGGCCCCCCCCCAAAAAAAGUUUGCAGCCAGGAGCAGCGAGGAAUGGAGCAGCUUAUAUUCGGGUAUUUUUUCUUUUCCCCUCUCCAAUUUUAAAGGUGUGACUUGUAUUCUGAUGCGGCUUAUAUUCGGGCCAAUAUGAUGGAGAACAGUAAGGGGUGUGAGAGAGAGAAAAGACAAACAAAUUUAUAUACAAGUGUUCAAACAAAAAAUUGUUGUUUGGGCCAGGCAUAGCUUUGUUUAGCACCCAGCACAAACAUUUCUUUGGCUAUAUAUAGUUUUCCUUUGCAGUCUGAGUUUGAAUCUGUUAUGUAGAAGGCUUCAAAAGAAGGAAGAUCAGGGACAGAUCCAGAUCAAACACUUAAAACACAUCCAGUGCACAUUUAAAGCACAUCACGCCUACCAAAGAAUCCAGGAAACUGUGUUUUUCCACAUUACAAAUUCCCAGCAUGCUUAACAAAUUAUAGUUUCCAUGAUCUUUGGGAAGGGUGUAGAAGUCAUGUGCUUUAAAUCUGUAUUGGACGUCCUUUAAAUAUAUGGUGUGGAUCUGCCCUGAGUUGACAAUCCACAUUUGCAGGCUAGCCUGGAGAAUUUAGCACUUCCACAUCCAUAGACAUUUGGUUUCAGUGUUGGUUUUAUUACAUUAGCAUAGAUUUGAGCUAAAAAAACCUCAUCUUUUUUGCUUUGCUCUGCAACAACUUGAAUCUGCAUGAAGAACGUAGGCAGUGUCUGUGUGGUCAGAGAAUGCAUGUAACAGAUCUACAUUAUUGAAAUCUCUUAAAGCAAAUCAUUGGACUUGAACAACUCACCCCCAACUCCCACUGGUGUUUUGAGGGGCAUGCAUCAGUCUAUUGAAAGGGACAAUUAUUCUGGCAUGCCACUGAAUGUGAUAGCGCACACAUGUUCACUACCAUAAUUUUGUUGCAUCACACUUGGAUGGUAAAUACCAGUUUAGCCUUCCACUCCAUUUGAUUCCCAUCUCUGCAAAGUGUUUUGGUCUUGCAUAUCAUAAAAUGGCUUAUUCAGAGCUCUGUGUUAGAACAAUAUUUGGUUUGGGUCAGCGGCAGGAGAUGUUUUAAAUGGGAAAGUGCCUCUGGAAUAUGUGAGCUUAACUAUCCCCCACUUCUUUCCCAAGUCUUGUUAUUUAGGCUUCUGUGCUCUCCUGAUGUUUCAGGGAUUUAUGGUGGAUCUUUAUUAAAUUGUUGCUUUCAAAGAGUUUUCAAAUUCCUUUUUAUUCUCACAGCUGUGCUGUGAGGAAGGUGGAGCUGUAGACAUUAUUGGCAUUUUGUAUCGGUUUGGAUGCUGAAGCUGCUGCAGGCUCACGUUGUGACCCAGAAGCCAAGCUUUUUAUUCAUUGAAGCACAGAAAACAUGCUCAGUCUAUGUAUUUUAAACUGGUUCCAUUUGCAGAGUACACAAAUCAGGUGAAUACCUCUAGUUAUCUAACCAAACGUUGAGUUUCUAGGUGUUGUUUUACGGGGAGCACAUCCUCUUAAAAUGAAGGUGCAUGCUAAGUCAUUGCAGGGUAUUAAACCUGGGUGGAAGGAAAGUAAUCUGUCUAAUUGUGACAGCAACAAUAAAUGUUCUCUCACAGGCAGGACUCAGCAACACCCAUUCUGUGAGGAAAUAUUUCUUAAGAGUAUAGAUCUUGGAGUUGUGCUACCAGAGAAAAACUGACUUGAAGUGGACACUCUUAGGAAGUAAGCUUUUAGCAUUGCAGACUAACCUGGAAGCCUUUCCAGAGCAGGAAGAUGCAGCAGGUGGAUUGUGUAAUGAGUGAGGUCUAGAGCUGGUGAAGACUUAAGUGCCAGACUACCAUUCAUGUUAAGCAUGCAUUUUUAAAAGCUGUUCACAGAAGCUGCCUUCUCUUCAGAAAAAACAGCUGGAUUGGGACUGUAGCAUGGGUGCAGUAGAACUUUUACCCUUUCAUCCUGUACCAUUUUAUCACUAAAAAUAGCCAUCCCAAGGACAAACCACUCUUGAUGUGUUCUGGAUGUAGAUCAGAGGCCUCCUUGGCUGCUUUUUCCUAAAAGCCACCUAUUCUAAGCAUACUUAAAGGGGGAGGCAAGCACCAAUGCAUCUUGUUUAAAAACAACAACACCUCUCCCUCAUUCAGACGUACAGGUUACAACAAACAGUUCGUGAAAAGGAAAUGGUCACAGUCCAUAAUUAAUACAGCCUAAAAGAUUUUAAAAUGUGUCCUUAGCACUGUGUGUAUGUUGUCUCUAAGACUUCGUGAGAGUGCUGAAGUCAGCCUUCCUUUAAUCUUGAAAAUCUUUACUUGAACAGGCUUUCUCUUGUGUUAGCACUGAAGGCACCAUCAUUGUACCAUAGACCAGUGUUAACUUUGUAUAGCUCUGUCCUGGGUGCUGAAUAGGCUUUGAAGGCUAAAUGUGUAAUGUGAACUGGAGAAAUGCAGCUUUUGAGACUUGUUUUGCAUUUGUUGCUGGAUUGCAUUGCUGUGAGGAAGGAAGGAAAUAAUAAAAAUGGACCUUGACUUUAACAGUGAUUCUUGAUAAAAUAUGGAAACAUUUUUGCAUAAAGUUAGAUAACUUUUAGUAGCAUAGUAUAAACAAAGUAAUGGAGUCAGAAGCCUGCUAAAGGCUAGUUCUGACAGUGUUGUAUCUAAAUAAGGUUGUAUCUAAAUAAGCUUUAUUUAAAGUAGAUCCAUUGAGUUUAAGGCAUUUAAAUUAGUUACGUUCAUUUGUUUUAGUGGGGCUACUCAGAAUAUGGUUCACAUUUGAUGCAACCAAAUGUGAAGAACCCAAAGUAAGAUCUUAAUUUAUUUUAGAAGAAAUAUUAGCUUUUUACUAUAUUGCAUAAUUUUGCUAUGUUUUAGAUCUGCAUACAGUGGUACCUCGGGUUAAGUACUUAAUUCGUUCUGGAGGUCCGUUCUUAACCUGAAGCUGUUCUUAACCUGAAGCACCACUUUAGCUAAUAGAGUCUCCAGCUGCUGCCAUGCUGCUGGAGCACAGUUUCUGUUCUCAUCCUGAAGCAAAGUUCUUAACCCGAGGUAAUAUUUCUGGGUUAGCGGAGUCUGUAACCUGAAGCGUAUGUAACCCAAGGACCACUGUAAUUUGUCAGUACUACUGUCAAGAUCCAGGUUACUGAUCUAUUUCUGUUUUCCUUAUCCCAAUAAGCUGGAGAUGCUGAUGAUCCACCAAGAAUUACUCAAAACCCAGUCAUCAAUGGGAAUGUAGCAAUGGCUGACGGUCACAACAACACAGAAGAAGACAUGGAAGAUGGUGAGUCAUCCCUUCUACUUGCUUUGAUGCGGGUGGGGAGCUCGCUUGUUUUUUUCAGUGAGUAGUAUAUCCAUUUGAUGGACCUGAAAGGCUUUUGCAUCCUCAUGUAUGUAUUUGGGAGACAUGGUAGAAGUUUACAAAUCAACGUAUAGUGUAGAAAUAAUGGAUAUGGAGUUUUUCCUCCCUCUCUUGUAAGACAAUAACUCAGGUCAUCUAAUGAAACAGGACAAAUGAAAGAUUUUCUGCACACUGUUGAUUAUUUUUUAUGGAACUCAUUGCCACAGGAUGUGCUGCUGAUGGCUAGUGGGUAAGAGGGCUUUAAAUUAUGGCAGAUUCAUGGAGGACAAAAAGGCUGUCCCUGUGGUUUUGCCUGAUAACGGCUACAUGGGACCCCUGCGUUUAGAGGAAGCAUGCUUUUGAAUACCAAUUUCUGGGGAGUAGUGGCAGGGGUGUGUUUCUGUGUGUGGCCUUCCUGAAGACUCAGAUUGGCCAGUGUGGGAACUGGGGUGCUGUACUAAAUGGACUUUUGCUGUGAUCCAACUCACUUUAUGGCCUGUUCAUUCACAAGUUGUUAAAAGUAUUGUGCUUUUUGCCUAAGAUUGGCAAAAGGGCUUUGCUUUUCAGUAAAGUAUGGCUCAUUGGGCGGGGGAGGGGGGUGAGUGGGAUAACUAGCCGUGGCUUAUUGUCUGUUUCGUGGACCUUAAUCAUGUGAGCAAUACAAGGCAGGAAUCCAUAGCUCUGUCAAUACUUUAAGCAUCUGCGGGAAUCUCCAGAUGCCUUCCUAGAUUACUUUGCAACUGCACCUGUGUUUUAACUGUAACCCAGUGCCAUGGGAAUAAGUCAGUACGGUGGUCAGGCUGUCUUUUGCACCAUUCAAAUAAACGUAUAAUAACAAAGCUUCCUGUUUUCGGAAGCAUUCCUUGUGGGCUGGGCCUGCCAUGUUUGCUCUUUGUAGUCUGCAUUUAUUAUAUAUAUUUUGUACUAAAUUUAAUAUUUCAUUAAGCAAGACUUUGAAGUGGUUAAUAGGUGGCUACAUCAGUCUUGUAUUAAAGCCUUUGUCUGGUAGUCGUAGGUGACAAAGAAUUGGAUGCAGGUAGGCACACAAAAUUAUAUGCAGGUGAGUGAGCAGGUUAGUGUAGAAACUAAGUGGGCUGCCAGAGGACAAGGCAAAGGAGCUCUCUGAUCAUUUUCUUUGAGUCCACAGUGAAGUUACCAAUGUAUGGGCCACCAUGGCAAGGUUAUCCUUGUCUGGCACACCAACUGAGGUUGGUAAAGGUCACUGACGCGUCUUGUGACAGCAGUGGAUCUAGGAGUACCCCCAAACUGUCCACCAGCUCCUUCAGAUGGAGUGCAACCACAUCCAGAGCUGGUUCAAAACCCAGUUCCCAGAUCUAGGAAUCACCCAUCCAUAGGGUUUCCAUCUUGGGAUUCAGACACAUCUUUAGUCCACUUUGAACUACGUGCAGUGUAAUUUUGGUCAUUCCUGGCCAUCCCACCAUUCAGCUUCAUUGAAUGUCUCUAGGGUCUAGUUUUAUGUGAGAUGUUGCUUCUUCAAAGUAUCAGACCUCUGCAAGGCUUUUAAUGGGACCCUUCUAAGCUGCCUGGCUGAGAUGAUCGCAAGGAGCAUUGCAUUGUAGUGGUUUGCACCUGCCUAUCUGAUAGGAGGACCAAGCAUGCACUGAUGGUUUUAAUUCAGAAGGUGGUCUGUCUGACUCUUUUGGUUGAAGUGGUUUUGAUUAUGUUGUUGCAUGCCACCCCAAUCCCCAAGAGGUGCAAGGUUCCAGGAGUACCUAUGGUUUGUUUUAUUUGUAAUGAGGGACAGCAGAGACUGUGGUAGCUUUAGGAUAUAUAAUUUAUUUACACAUGGUAUAUACAUGAACCUAUGAUGGAGGGACUCACAGCAUUAACACCCCAAGAAGUUAUCCCCCCCCCCCCCUCUGGCUUUUGUCUUUCUACCAGACAGUUGAGGAAGGGGGCCCACCUAUUUGCCCUCUGGCACAGAGCCACUUCCUUUUGCCUUAACAAUCCCUACUUAGGGGGCCAUUAGCAAGAAACUUGUCUGGCUAUUCCAGCAGUUGAAUUCCUCUUGGAUCUAGGAAUUGGAAGGAACUCCAGCAUACAGCCUGCCCCCUCUCCCCACAAAAAACUUGCUAAGAUGAUGUUUAAUUGUUUUUUUUUUUUAAUUCCAGAUAGAACAAUGUAUUCAUAUUUAAAUGAAUUCACAUAAAAUUAAGUACCAAAAUCCGCUUUAAAAAAACCUUAUAACCAAUUUAAAUUCUUGCUUUACUGUUCUUCUUUCAAGUUGUCUUGAAGGCUCUAUGUAGAAAUUUGGUGUGAUUUUUUUUUAUUAUGAUAAAUGCAACUUCAGGAAGUUUGCCUCUAAAGCCCGGGCUCAUUGCUUGUGGUGUACAGUUUCCUAACAUGGACCAGAUAGUAUCAUAAUCAUAAUCAUUAUUAUUCAGUAUAACUUGAUUUCUUAUCUUUCCUUCACCACAAGGUCCAAGGGUGGGUUACAGCAAUUUUAAAAUGCAAUUUUAAAAUCAGUUUAAAACAAAUUACAGUCAACAGAAUAGGAGGAUUAUUAUUAUGGGGUCAAUAACAUAUUAAGUGGAUGGGCUGUGCCCUUCCUUGAGGUCACUCUCACUGCUAUGCAUAGAGAAUGAAAGCGAAUCAUAUAGAGUUAAAAUGAUCACUAACAAUCCUGGGUGAGGUAUGUGCCCUUCCCCAUCACUUGUGACUUGGCUUAAUUUACUUGGGUCACUUGGAAUGAUUAGCUGCAAGGGAGCUUUCAGCCAGUUCAUUUCAGUUCAUUCCUUGUGAAGCACAUAAAUAGGUUAGUCUAGACUCUAGAGCUAGUGGGACUGGGAUGUAUGGACUUCAAUUGUUUGGCCUUUAAAAACUUCUUCUGGUUGUUAUAAUUUGAUAACUUUUAAAAUGGCUAUUGCUGCUUAAUCAGAGGUUAAGCCACCCUACUGAGGACAGCCAUCACAAAUGCCAGAUGUGAAUGGGCCAUUACUCCCUCUGAAAUAACUUAUGUGAGGCUUGAGAGUACUCCUUGAUCCACCACUGUGGAGGGCACUUUGCUAGUGUUGGCUGGUAUACCAGCUACAACUACUCCAGUGUUGGCCACUGUGAGAACAGAAUGCUGGAUUAGAUUCUGGGCCAUUGGCCCUGAUCUAACAGGCUCUUCUUAUGUUCUUAUAUGGUUCUGGACCAGGGUAUUAUGAAAAGUCACCUCUCCCAUUUCGCCCUGGUCACUUUGAUCUAUGAAUGAAGGUUGAUUGAUGGUGCCACACACCUCCCUGUCAAGCCUUGUGGCUCAAAUGCAUGCUUUCAGUGUUGUGGCACCUGUUCUCUGAAGUUCUUUUCCUUAGCAAUGAAGGAAGCCCCAAGCAACAUUAUGUUUUUGACAUUAGAUGAAAACAUUUGUUUUUUCCCAAGCCUUCCAGAUCAGUUCAUUUUAAAACUUCAUCUUUUGAUUCAUGUUGACUUCCAAGUUUUUUUACAAAAACAUUGGUUUAUCAUUUGUAUUACAUGUUAUAAACUUUUUUGCACUGCUCAGUAUUUUUGAGCAGUUUAUAGAUUCUGAAAUAAAUUUUAAAAAUUGGAAUACUUUGGCAUUUUAAGAGGGAGGCUUUCAGAAGACGUUCAUGGUGGCAUAACAGCUUUGGUUUCACAAGUAAAAAUCUGGCCUAGGGGAGUAACUGUGCCUUUACUAAUUGAAAUUCAUUUGGGAGUGUGUGUUUGUGUGUGUGUGUGUGUGUGUGUGUGUGUGUGAAAGAGAAAGAGGGAGACCCCAGAGGCAGGGAGGAAGAGUGAGAUUGAAAAGCUAUGUAACAAAAGCUUGUCAUUUGAAAUACUUCUAUUUGACUGCUUUGUUUUUCUGUGGCAAAAGACCAUAAUGGAAUGCUGAGUUGGCUGUUGAAAAUGCAAAAAUGCACAUUGAUUUCAUUUUGUGGCUGGUUAUUGCAUUUUUUUCAAAUAACUUGAAACGAAGCUUCUUCUUUUAAUGUGAAAUGCCAUUCAGUUCACCUCCAAACUGAACUCUGUCAAGAAUGGAUCAAUGUUUACAUUAAAAAGAUAGAGCUGUGUUUAUUUUAUUAUCAGGGGAUCUGUGACUUUACAUUUUGAUGUUUUGAAUCUGAAAAUGAAGAUCCCUCCCCCAGACUUUUUAGCAGCCUCUUUGUGUGAGAAGAAUAAAUGUUGCACAGUUUUUCAUCACUGAACAUACACAAUAUUCUCCUUGCAGGUGCUGUCAGCAACUAUUAGGUACUGAUUAUCUAGUAACAGUAGUUAUGCGGGUUCCUCUUUAUGCUGUUUUUUAAAAAAUAUUUUGUACCAGAGGUUUCCCCAUAUCUAGUUAUGUCACAGUUUAAAACCUUAUGCAUCCUGUAUUUUAUGCCCCCUUAUGCUUUGUUGCAUAAUUGCACUGAUGAUGUUUUUUUUGUUUUGUUGUAUACUUCUUUGUAUGGGUUGUAUAUAUUUGUAUAUAUUUGUAGUUGUAUAUAUUUUGUUGAGCUAUUUCAAGCCAAAUUUGGCUUACAGCUCAAUUGUUAUAAGCAAAGUAGUAGUGAAGUGUUUGUUUGUUGUUGUUGUUUUGCAGGGGGCGGUAUAUGCAUAGUCCAACCAUAAACUAGAUAUGUAGACUUGUUAAUAUAAAGCACUCCAUAGCAGGGGGAGGCACAUUUCCCAUGGCAGGAAGUUCCAGAGUCUGGGUCCUGCACUACAAAGAAGUCCCUCUUUUGUAUCCACAUCAACUGGUGGUGGUGGGGAAUUAAUGAUAAUCUUAGUGGGCAGACAACUCACACAGGGAGGAGAUGAACUUCUAGCAUUUGAACUUGGAACCAGCCUGUAAGCCACUGAGAUUGGCAUGAUAACAGAGGUGCAUGAUUCAAGUAUCUGGCCCUGGUCAAAAUUGCAUUGGUACAAAUUGCUGCAACUAAAAUUUUCAGCUUUCAAAGGCAGCUGGUGGUACAGUGUACUUUUUCUACUGCUUCCUUAGAAUAUGAUGUUGGAAAGGGGACAAAGAAAGUUAGGUGUCAACUGCAUACUGGUACAGUGCUCUCCAAAUCUCUGCACAAUAAAUUCCCAUUGUAACUAAAAAUCAGAAAUAAAAUAGACAGUCUAUUAAAGACUUUAUCCUUGCUCUGCAGUGUUCUUACUGUUUCUACAUCUGACUUGUUCAAUGCAUAUGGGGUGUUUUGCUGCUCAGAUGAAAUGCCACACGGUGAGUGGAGGCCGAGCACCUUUGGCCUUGCAUGGGGACUGAAAGACCAGGCUGAUUAAUUUGCAUUUAAUUGAUCUUUGGUAUUUUGCAGACACAAGCUGGCGGUCGGAAGCAACUUUCCAGUUCACUGUUGAACGUUUCAACAGGCUGAAUGAAUCAGUCCUAAGUCCCCCCUGCUUUGUACGGAACCUGCCAUGGAAGAUUAUGGUGAUGCCACGACUCUACCCAGACAGGCCGCACCAAAAAAGUGUAGGAUUCUUUCUUCAGUGCAAUGCUGAGUCUGAUUCCACGUAAGAUAUUUAAUACACUAUACAUUUCUGUAUAGCACCAUCUUAACCUAUUGCAUUUUCUGACUAUAACUUCUGUGUCGAUUGGUAGGACAGCACGAGGAAUGGGGCUUCGGCAUUCAGGAAGGGUGUAUAGGGGCAUGUGCUUAGAUGUGGAGGAAAGAGGCAGAAAGUCCCAUUAGAGAUGCCUGAUCAGUCUGAUGUAGUCUUCCUUGUUGUCCGCUGUAUAUUGGGUAUGGUAUGUUGAGUUUGACAUGACUUAAUUUGGGAUGAAUGUAAUGUAUGUUAGUUCUCAGAUAUAUAUUGACCAAAUUAAUAAGCUAUUCAGGCUGGUGUUUAAUAGUUUUGAAUAGUUAAUAGGUUAAUUACCAAAUACAUGAACCAGAUGAGGAUGCAGACUAUUUGACCUUUCCCAACAAAAAGAAAGCAGCACGUGCUCAGUGACUCUAUAUACAGAGCUGAUUUAUUGAAGCAUAAAUUGGCUGCACUGUUGCAUACUUACUGCUGCUUCCUUCUGGUGAGGUGCUGCCUGUUUGAAUUCCCUCAUGCAUGAGCACAAAAUGAUCAGAGCAUGUUGGAAUGCUCUGUUGCUGCUAUUUUGUUUUGUUUUUUGGUAAACAAAGAAAAGCUAAAUGCAGAAAGGUCUCCCAUAGGAAAAGACUAGAGCCUUUUUAAAUUAAAAAAAUGGGUAAAUCAGCUAAUUUUAAUUAAUAAACUUGAACAUUACCAAAGCUGCUAGGCAGGGGUCCAUUUGAAAAAGUGAACACAGGUUGAGAAUUGUACGUUUUUAAAAAGUUGGUUUUAACAUCUAAAGCUGAUGUUGACUGACUCAGUUUACGUUGUUAAAAAUCAAAGCUUACAGCCUUAACAAAACAGGGAAUGGAAAUAAGGUGACUACAGCAGACUUUUGUAUACAUGGGAUUGGAGCACAUCACUAAGAACUAGAAGCCACAAUCUUGGCUGAGUGGGAGGCACAGUGGAGUUCAUGUGUAACCUUUUGAAGGAGUCUCCUAACCCUCAGGUUGAGAAUGCAAGCAAAUAAACAUUCAGAGAACAGAAGCAUCUCCAUUUGCUGUUUCUUAACCUGUAGUAGCAGAAGUCUUUUUAAAGUAUUCCUACCUGCUUUAGAGGAGUUGUAGCAUUCUUGGAUAGCUAUAGAAGAAAAUGCACCGAGCUGCAAAAAUUCCAUGGUGAGUGAACACAUAAAAACAGCUCUGUGAGAAACUGAGCCUCUACUCAAACUCUUUCCGUGAUGUUAAUAGUUUGUAAUGGCUCUGAGAGCAUUGAAGCAAAGUUUUUUUUAUCCAGAGGUGGCAAGAAGUAAGGUAGGCUUGUUCAGUAAAGCACAGUUUAUUAGCAUCUUUUUUCUGCAGCUCAGCAUGUCAACUGUUAUCUCUUUAAUUGUUGCAGGUCAUGGUCUUGUCAUGCACAAGCAGUGCUCAAGAUAAUAAAUUACAAAGAUGAUGAGAAAUCAUUCAGUCGCCGUAUCAGCCACUUGUUCUUUCAUAAGGAAAAUGACUGGGGCUUUUCCAACUUUAUGUCAUGGAGUGUAAGUAACAGCGUGUAGCAGCGCAAGAGCCACUGUGGUGGUUAUGAAUAGGUUUUGGACUAGAAAAUCCAUGUUCAAAUCCUCACUCAGCCAUGAGGCUCACCAAAUGAUUCUGAGCAAGUCUCCUUCCUACUUCCUUUAUUUCUUCCUCUUAGCCUAACCUGCCUCACUGGGUUGUGAGAAUAAAACAGGUUCAUAGGUUGGAGAGAACUGUGAAUACCUCCUUGAGAUCGUUUGAGGAAGGGUGGGAUAAAGAAUACAAUGCAAUGUAAUUGACAUUAUGAGAAAGAAGUCCCAUGUUAAGCUCUCAACUGGUGGUCCUGCUCACAUAAAUUGUGACGAUCAGUGAUCUUCCUCUCUGAAUAUAUAUAUAUAUAGAGAGAGAGAGAGAGAGAGAGCGCGCGCGCGCAGGAGACAUUCCUGUAUCAUUCAGACUCACUGUUAAAAGUUAGUGUGCAUUUAUAGACUUCAGGUUUUAAGAAAAGAGCUUUCAAGAUUGCCAGUCAUCAAAGUGAUGUUAGUUAGGCCUUCUAUGUGAUUUGAUUUUUAAUGUUCUUGUCAAUUUUACUUUUUGUAGGAAGUUACUGAUCCAGAUAAAGGCUAUAUAGAAGAUGACAAAGUAACUUUUGAAGUGUACGUUCAAGCUGAUGCUCCACAUGGCGUGGCGUAAGUAGCUUAUGAUUUUUUUACUGGAACAAGUGGUUGGAUUGUGGGUCAGUAACCAAGUUUCUUAACAAUCUUUGAUAUCCAUUGUGAAUUUGGUAAGUGUCUUGUGUUCAGUGUUCAACAAAUCACUUCACAUUACUGUCAACUUCUAAGCAGCACCUGCUCAUUUUGUGGUUUAGAAUUCAGUCCGCUGUGCAAUCUUUCUUCAGAAGGUCUUUGAAGAGCAUAUUCAAAAGGAUAAAAUUUAUAAACAGAUUUCUGAAUACAUGGAACAAAAUUCUAAAUAUUCCACGAUGGAUAUAUUGCCUUAAUGACCAGCAAGGUUGUGUUGGUGGAUACAGCUUGGUUCCACAAUAAUUGUCCAUUGUAUUCACACACUGGGAAUACAUUAAUUUGUGUGUGUGUGGUUCUUGUAACCCAAUUCAUGGUUUUUAUAGGUGGGAUUCCAAGAAGCAUACAGGAUAUGUAGGACUGAAGAACCAGGGAGCAACCUGCUAUAUGAACAGCUUAUUACAGACAUUAUUUUUCACAAAUCAGCUACGAAAGGUAAACCAAAGUUUUUGUGACUUCCUUGUUGAUAUGCUCCUGAAUUGCUAUGGGGAUAUUAGGAGCGACCCUCCAUAGCUGUGCAGCCUAACGUUAUUGCACUGGAGAUGUGCAGGAUGCUAUAGGCGAUAAUCCAUGUUACGAAUGCAGCUGGUAAAUUAUUCUGUAGUAGCUGCUUGUCCUGCCCUGCAUCUACAACUUGCUGCCUGAACCAGCACCCACAACCACACCAAGGAAACAGCACCACAGAGCUAUUCCAGGUGCUGGGAAGCAGCCUUGGCAGCAGAGAAGACGAUAGAGAUGGCAGGCCAGUGGAAGGAAGAGGUAGAGUAGCUUGAUCUCUUAGUUGGUGGUAGUUGCCACGGAGUUCAUCCUUGUGGCAGAGAAAACCUCUGAGCUAGCAAAUGCCAGUUGCCGUUUUGAAGUUCGGGGCAGCCUCAACUUCAAGCAUUCUCUAAUUGUAAAUCCAUCUUGUAGGUCACCUGCAUUCUGUUUCUUUGUAACUUGUGCCUUCGGACUCCUCAGUAUUUCUUCUACAUGCCCCACCCUAGCUGAUACCUAUCCAUCUGAACAUUAUUUUUCUACCCAAUGGUUAAGUGUGCAUGAGAUUUUACCAAAAGGUAAUAGUCACUAGCUAUCUCCAUUGCUGUUGCGAACAGCUGCUUCUUGUGUGCAAAACCUGCCUGAGGUACCAUCGAUUCUUUUGGCAAUGAAGAGACACUCGAAGGGUUUUCUUCUAGAAUCCCAGCAGUCCUUGAAGAAGAGGAGAAAACUUGCUGCUGCUUACUGUGGCUUAUAGGGAUUAAAUGAAGCCAUGUUCUCAUAGCCUGAUGCAAGAGUGGAUCAAAUGCCCCAUUGAAAUCACCAGGUUAUAUACAGCUAAGUUAGUUAUGCCCAUUAAUUUAAGUGGGUCUACUCUGAGUAGGACAAGUGCCCAUUAUCUCUCUUUUUCUUCCUUCCGCCUACAAAAAAGGGCCCUGCUGGAUCAGAAUAAGGCCUAUCUAGUCCAGUAUUUUGUUCUAUGGGGCCAGCCCCCCCACUCUGGGGUUAAGCAUGCAACUGAUUCUAACAAAUUACUACUGUCUAUGGUGUCUAGGAGAUGAAUGGUUCAUUCUGAAGGUAGCACUGUCUGCUAUGAUCAUUCAGGAGUGCAGCGAGCAUAGUGUUUGGCCUUUCACUUGACCUGAUUGCUCAAUUCAUAGUCUUGCAAUAAGCUUAAAUUUUUUUAAGUAACUUCCCCACCACCCAGCUAUUCAACUUCCUUGUCACAGUGUUUUAGUUGAGCAAUGAAUGUGCUUUUCUUAGGCUUUUAUGCAAACAACCACCACCUGUUACUGCAAAGAGUGGUAUCUUUUGUCUCUUCCUGUCUUUCUGGUUCUUUUAUGGUCAUUCCCUAAGGGAGGCUUCUCUGAUAUUAAUACAUUCCUGAUUAUGAUUUCCUUUUAGGUUGGUCAAAGAAAAGAACUCUUGCUUUCUCACUUUUGCUUCUCCUUGCCACUCUCAAUUUAUAUCAGGCCCUACUUUGUGUACCCAUGUUUAGGGUUCUGCAGGGUGUGAAUGAAUUAAUGAAUGAAUCUUUAUUUGCGUCAACCAUCAGCCAUAGCCAUAAAACAACAAUAAGGUAAAGGUAAAGGGACCCCUGACCAUUAGGUCCUGUCAUAGACAACAAUACGAUAUACAAAUAAUAGAAAUAAUUAUAUAAAAUUAUAUAAAAUACAUUUUAGGGUUUUGAAUCAAUAGUCAAAUAAUGGAUCUUAUUCUGAUGGCCCCAGGUAAAAACACUGCAGCCUUUGCUGUCACCUGCUCAUCUUGAUCUGCCAAGAGAAAGGACACUGUAGCCUUUCUCAGAAUGGAUAAAGAGGGGGUGAUAUUCUCGUUCCUCAAGUCUUUAUAAAGAGUGCAAGCCAGAAGGGCAUGCACCACCGAUUCAGUACUGCCAUCUCCACAGGCACAUAAGUGUUUUUCAUGUCUGUUGGAAUCGUCCCUCAAGUACAGUCGAGGACAAUACAUUCAAGAGUAAAAGAGCGUCUAUAUUUUAGAAUUGCUAGGUUAUGCAGAUAGGGUGCCAGAUAGUCGAAAUGGGAAGGUGGAAAAUAUUCAUACCAUGGGCAAAAUUUCCUUAUUGUGGCCAAGUUGUUCUGAUACUCAGUAUCAUUUAGGCGCUGACAAAUUAGACUGUUUGCUUUACUCACCCAAAGUAGCCUUUGUGGUGAUAAAGCACAAGAGUGAAAUUUUUGAUAGACAAUUUUAGUCCAGGCACUCUUGUGACAAUCUUGAAGCCCUAGGGAUAGUAGACUGGGGGGAUUUGAGUUUACGCAAAGCCAAUAGUUAAGUGUUCUACGCCAGAUCCGCAAUUCUACUGAGGGAAGAUUAGCCUCUAGGCGCAAUGAAGCGUUUGGGACACAGGGUGGCACAGAUAAAAUUUGCCUUAAGAACUUUGAUUGGACAGCUUCCAUAGAUACAAGGUGAGUGCCUGUCCAAAUCUGAGCCCCAUAUAAUAACUCUGCUAGGGGUUUAGGUUCUGCAGGGUGUGAUGUUGGCCCAGUUUACUAAGGCUCUCAGCUCUUUUAAAAGCAAGUUUUUAACAAAGAGCUGUGUGAGGAUACUGAAGCUCACCUGGCAAUUUUACUCUACCACCCAGAGAGAAAAUUGAGACUUUGCAAACUCAGUUCCAUAUGCAUUCUGUAUCCCCCCCCCCGAACCGAUAUAAAAUUGUGAAUGACAUACAGUCCAAGUUGCAGUUUCAGAACCUCCUUUUUUGACAACCUUGCCAAAUAAAUUAUUUUGUUACUUUGCAUUUAUGCAGUGAUUUCAGUUGCUUUUCUCCCCCAACCCCAAACCCUUUCUUUGUACCAUGCUAAAUUCAGUCACCUACUUUGUAUUGUUUAGGAUUUCCAUUCAUAAUCUGCUAGUUAUAGAAGCAGAUAUGUUUUAUCACCUAAACCAGCUCCUAAAGUUUUUCAGCUCCUGUUAACUCCCCAGCUUCUCUCUACUUUAGUGGUUUAAUUUCACUAUGUAGCAGGUGGGUCAGAACUACUCUUCAUCUCCCUCCUCUUCCUAUGGCCUCCUUUGUCUCUAUUGAUACCAGCCAUUUUUUUAAAAACUUGCUCAACUUCCUACCAUUGAUGUGGUCUUGUUGGCUGGCUUUGUACUGAGGUAUUGAGAUGGAACCACAGCUCAGUGGUAGAGUGUUUUGCUUGCAGAUGAUCCCAGGUUGAAUCCUCACCAUCUCUAGGUAGGACUGGGAAUGUUCCCAGUAUGAAAUCCUGGAAAGCCACUGCCAGUAAGUAUAGACAGCACAUAGCUAGAUAUACCAGUGAUCCUGGCCCCUAAGUUUCCUAUUUGUUUCCCUUUUAUUGGCUGCUUGUCUUCAUUCUUCAAGGGUGUAUUUCUAUUUUUUUUCUUUUACGUGCUUGUAAUAUGCCUUGCUAUUCCUGUUCUUAGUCUCUCCUCAUCCUAAUCUUGUAUUAAUCCCCCAGAGUUCUACUUUCCUUUCUUGUGGUCUACUCAUUUGUCACUAGCAGCCUUUAACCCAGUGUUGUUUGUUAUUCUAAGAAACCAAAGAGACUGUACAGUUUUCAAGUCAGUGGUUAAAAUUAGGAUAGUCUUGAAAGGUUAAUUUUGCCACCUUGAGCAGCCAACCCUGCUCCUUGAUCUCAGAAACCUUCAUGCGAACUUUGGUUAAAAUAAGCAGGGUCCAAAUGCAUAUCAAACACACAUUUCCAAAAUACAUAGUAGAGUCUGUAGCCAUUAAGUGUACUAUUUAUUUAUUGCAGUUAAUUCUUUCGGGAUGCAAUCCUUCCAAUAAUAAUAAUAAUAAUAAUAAUUUUUAUUUAUACCCCGCCCUCCCCAGCCAAGGCCGGGCUCAGAGCGGCUUACAAGCAAUAAUAAAAACAAGUUAAAUAAUUACAACUUAAAAACAAAAUUAAAAAUACAACAUUAAAAUAUUGAAACAUUAAAAUAUUAAAAUGUAGCCUCAUCGCAGGAGGAGAAGGAAAAGAAAAAAGAAAGAGAGGGAGGGAAUCAAAUUGGCUCCAAGUCAAAGGCCAGGCGGAACAACUCUGUCUUACAGGCCCUGUGGAAAGAAAUCAGAUCCUGCAGGGCCCUGGUCUCAUGAGGCAGAGCGUUCCACCAGACCGGAGCCAGAGUUGAAAAGGCCCUGGCUCUGGUUAAAGCCAAUCUAACUUCCAAGGGAGUUUAGCAGCAUAACAUGGCCCUUGUGAUGUCAACAUUUUCUGCACAGCCUUGGAUUGCAUUAGUCUCCUUUUCAGACUUUUCUACACAAGCUGCUCUCCUAAUUCCCUCUCUUGUGCAUUCUGUGUUUUUAGUUUUCUCCCUCACUCCUGUGUCACCAGUGAAUAGUUGGAACUAUUCCCCUGCUCUUCGAUUAAGUCACCCACACAAUGCAGCCUUUUGCCAUGUCACAUUUUAAUCCCUUUAGGGCCCUUUGUCUAAAUUCACUGAUGUUCUCAGUCCUUCCCAGUUGAAUGUAAUCUGAGAAUUGAAUUGGUGUAUGUUUCCUCCCUCUUUCUGGCGAUUAACAGAUAAGUAAAACCCAUCUGACCCCUUUCUUGCAUGCUUUUAAAUGGGCAUACUGUCAAUCACGUAGGAAGCUGCCUCAUACCAGCUCAGACCAUUUAACUUAGCAUGGUCAACACUAGCUGGUAGUGGCUCUCCAGGGUUUCAGGCAGUUUUCCCCAGUUCUUCCUGGAGAUGCCAAGGAUUAAACCUGUGACCUUCUAUGUGCAAAGCAGGUGCUCCAUUACUGAGCCACCGCCCUUCCCUUCAGGAACAUAGGAAGCUGCCUUGUACUGAGCCAGGUGGGAAUGUCCCCUCAAUGACUAGAAGAUUCCGUCUCUUUUCUGCAAUGUGAAAAUGCCUAGUCUUGAAAUUGAAUCAUGCAUUCUCUUAGCCCUAGCUAAGAGUGAUGCAGUAUUACCUAUGGCAAAUGUUUCCCUAGAUUUAUACAGUCCAGUAUGUAGCUGGAUCCUCGGGUACUUGAACCACUGCAUCAUUGGGAGCUGGAAUUUUUCCCUGGUGUAGGGAAAUGCCCAAGAUGUUGGAUCUGUGUAUUGAAUUGAGACAAUACAGCGAUAAAAAUUGUGCUGUUGUGCAUAAUUCCAGUUCUGCAAGGUGCUGAACAUGAUUUAGAGGAAACUUUACUGUGUUGUGUGUCUGGUAGCAGAUUGAUUAGAGUCAGGCAGGACAGGACCUAGGACAGUUCCCAUUACAUGCUCCCACUCUCAUUGUAAAUUGCUCUGAUAAGGGUCUGAACUGAGAUGGGCACAAAAAUAGUAAAGCCGUCCUGCCGAGUGUUGACCAAGACCAGCCUACCCUUAUCUGCCCAGCUUGGUGCCUUGCACUCCAGCAUCACUUGAUGGUCUUCAGUUAAACUUCCUCUCCUUUCCUCAGAACUUUACAGGUGAGGGUUCACCUGUGGAGACAUGAUGAGGCUGUGCAUUCUGGUUCCUUGUUUGAGAGGUCUGAACUCACCUCUAAUUUUCAGAGGGUUAAUCUGGUGCCAAGAUUAAUUCUUCCUGCAGAUUGUUCUUCCUCAGGCUAGCUUGGGGUCCAUGCCAUCCCUAAGGGAGAGUUGUGCUGUAUAGUGGUCACCUCUGUAUCAGAAUUGCUCUCUGAAACAUCUGGAGUUCUGGGCAUGACAAAUUCCAGAUAUGUUUGGAAAGGAUGGGGGGGGGGAGAAGAGAAUACUAAGGGCAGUCUUUUUCAGGGACACCCCUCUCUCCAAAUAAUCUGGUGCAAUGUCAUAAUGGAAGGUUCAUUUAAAUAAGCAUCAAAUGCCAAGUCCCAAACAGAAUGUAGGCUGGCAGUUAGCUUGCUGUGAUGCAGCAAUAGUUUGGGCAUCUUGAAAAUUAAGCUGUCAGUCUGAUUUGAGCAACUGUUCCACUGUAAGCAAUAUGAUGAAACUGCUGGAUAUUGCAGGGCCUUCCCCUCCCCUUUAGUGUCAGCAGAGUACAUGGGCAGAUUAUUCAAAUAUGUUUUACUGAUGUUGGCCUGUCUGACAGAUUUUUGAUCACGAUGAAAUGGAUUAAUAAAUACAACCAUGUGAGCUAUGAGACCCUUUUCUGUAGUCCUAAUUAAAUUGGUUUCUUUUUUAGGCUGUGUACAUGAUGCCCACAGAAGGAGAUGACUCAUCAAAAAGUGUUCCUUUAGCAUUGCAGAGGGUGUUCUAUGAGCUUCAGCAUAGCGACAAACCAGUAGGAACUAAGAAGCUGACAAAAUCCUUUGGGUAAGUGCUGCCAAGAUAUCAGAUGGCUCUUCAUGGCUGGCCAGUUUCUUAACCAAAGAUUCUCAGCCUACUUCUUCUCAGAAGUGGCUUUCACCAUCUGUUAAAUGAACCAAGACUGAGUAUGUUAAUUGUGGUGAAGCCGUCCGUUCCUGAGAGGCUCUUGCUGAAGGGGAUCCUGCCAUUGUUUGCAUGCCCCAACGGAGCCUUUUAGUAUAGCAAACCCUUCCAUGUGCAUUUUGCCCACCAUUUUGUCAGGAAUCUAUGGGGAGGGAUCAUAGCCCAGUGGUAGAACACUGAAGCCCUCAAGUUCUGCCCUUGGCAUCUGCAGUUAAAAGUAUCUGAAAGAGGUGGUUCAUAUUCUUUAUAUGCUGCCCAGUAACAGAAGAUCUCUAGCCAGCUUAGAGUUUAGGAAAACCACAGUAAUGGAGAAGACUCUCUGACUGACACCCUGGAGAGAUGCUCCCUGUUGGGGUGGACCAGGCAGGAGUAGGGAACUGGAUCUGGCUGGCAUGCCAGAUCCGUGAGCCGCCUCCCACACCCAAGGUCAAGUUUAUGACAACUGGGUGGGAACACCCACCCACCUGUCAGUCUCCUGAUGUCAUAAUGAUGUCAGGCGAUAAACACCUUUUGAAGUUUGAAGUAGAUUACUAGGCAGUUACAGCAACCUCAUUUGAAGGUGCACUCCCAGUACCAGUCAGUACCAGUGUGCUUUCAAAGGGGAUUGCCCCAUUAGUGCAAAACAGUUUGCAUUGAAACCCCUUGCUAAAAUGGGUGGUGGUGGUGCAAAAUGGGGAGCCCCGGUUUCAAUGCAUACCUCUAAUGGCGCAAGCCUGUUUGGAAGUGCUCUCCCACCAACAGUCAGGUGAUUUUUCAAAGGGAAAUCAGGAUCAAUUUUUCUUUGAAAGAAAAGUUUGUGCCAGUUGUGCUAAGCCUUUAAGCCCAAGGGCUGCAUUAGCUAUUAGGCAAUCUCCCCACUGCAGUGCUGGGCUUGCUUGAGAUAUAUGCAGAUGCACUACACACACACACAAAAGAUAUGGAGUGGCAGGCCAUUUGAAAUGGUAGUCGUGAUCUAGGUCACAGGUUUUCUGCCCGUGCUUCAUGCACUUACGUGUCCACACAUGAAAAGAAUGGUUCAUUCUGGGAUUUCAUAAGUUGCACAGUCUUUCUUAGAUGGGCUUUUUGUUGGUGUACAGCAUGAGGUAUAUUUUUAAUAACUUCACAAUUGUUUUCAAAUGUGGCCAUUUUAUAAGUGCCUUUUUCCCCACUAUUUAAUAAAGAUGGGAGACGUUAGACAGCUUCAUGCAACAUGACGUUCAGGAACUAUGUCGAGUGGUAUGUAUUUCCCCUUUUUCUGUUCAAGAUUAGCAUACAGUUUUGUUGCAGUUAUGCAUAUCAUGUCACUCACAGGGUAAUCCAGAGGGAGGCUGUUCCACACAAGCCCCACUGAAGUGAACAGAAGUUGCAGAAUAUCUCCUGGUUUGAUUAGGCUGUGCAAAAUUGCUUCUUGCUAGAUUGCACCCUAAAUCAUCUUUUACUUAUACUCAAGGUUUAGUUAGAGCCAGUGAUCAAAUUUAAUUUAAUUUUUGAAAUCUGAGCCCUGGAAUUUGUGUAGACAUUAUUAGUGUCCUGCCCUAUAUGUGCAGAGUUGUGUUUCCUGCGCCUAGAGGAGGAAUAUCUGACAGGGGGAAAACCUUAAAUUUUAGAACGCCUCUGAGUAGGGUCUCUUUAUAUUUCUGUGUUAAGAAAGUGCCACCCUGAGGCAUUCAGGACCUUUAGCUAGAAUUAAAGCUAAACAAAUAAUUAUCUGUUAAGAAAGCAGAAGUAGCUUGAAGUGUUGAGAGGGUGCUCUGAAAGCACUGUAGUUUGGAGGCAGUAAUGGCCUGGAUGAGGACCAAAAAACUGAAGUUGAAAUCCCACUUGGGUAACACUGUGGAUUGGGGGUUCCUCCAGUCUUGGAAUUAAGUGGAUAGCCUGUCUUGGGUGGGAUUCUUCUCCCUUAGAAGGGCAGGUUCCUAGCUUGGGGGCACUCUUGGAUCUAGAUCUGCCAUUGGCUUCAGUGGCACAGAGACCCUACAUUGGGAUACAGUUGUUGCUGGCUAGAACAGCUCUGGAUGACUGCAGUGAGGUUUAUACCUAAGGCUACCUUUGAAGACUGCUUGGAAGCUGCAGUUAGAGCAUAAUAUGGCUGCCAGAAUUUUGACUGGCAUAGCCAGCAGGUAUCUCAUAAUACCAAUUCUGACAUAUUUGCAUUUGUUGCCUGUAUGCUACAGAGCCCAAUUCAGUGUGUUUGUAUAUAAAGAUUUAAAUGACUUAGGAUCCCAAGUACCCGAAGGAACUCUUCUCCCUAUUGCAACCAGCCUGUGUUAAGAUCUGUAGCAGAGGCCCAUCACUGGGUGAAAUACAUGGUGCCACAAAUGCCAGUGCUGUUGACCUUUCAGCACCAGUUAAAGUUGUACCCAGAAUUUUUAAGGAUUUUGUUUUACUCCCAGCUAGCUGUAUCUGAGUUAUUAACUUGCUGCUCAGUGAACAAGUCAGUUGGAUUUUAAUUCAUGUUUUAAUUGCUAUAUUUGUAUUAUUUUUGUAUGUCAUGGUAUUUUUUGGCGGUGUUGUAACCCGUUCCUGGGAGUCAUGACCUGAUGGAUGGAUGGAACAGAAUAAAAUAAAUGUUGCAGUGUUGCUGGAACUGAGGGGAGGUGGGCCAGAUCUGGAUGGGAGAGCAAUGGGAGCCCCCAUGCCCCACCCAGCUUCAUUUAAAGGGUAUAUAAAUUAAAUAAAUGUGUGUUUCCAAUACCAACUUUCUGCUUUCUUUCAGUUGCUUGAUAAUGUUGAAAAUAAAAUGAAAGGCACCUGUGUAGAAGGCACUAUCCCUAAAUUAUUCAGGGGGAAAAUGGUGGUAUGUAUUUGGUUUAAAAGCUAACUUUGAGACACUGUUUGUGUGUGUUACUUUUGUUGUUGGUAUGCACUGAUAUCUCUCUACCCUAUUUUUGUUUGCAGUCUUAUAUCCAGUGCAAACACGUAGACUAUCGUUCUGAACGAAUAGAGGAUUAUUACGACAUUCAGCUAAGUAUAAAGGGAAAGAAAAGCAGUAAGUAUAUAGUUUAUAAAUCCAUGUGGUUUAGAUAAGCCCUUUUUUCCCUGAGAUAUUCAGUGCCUGCUAUAUGUUGUCUUCUUGAGAAUCAACCCUAACCCAUCCCCCAAAACCAUCAAGUUCAAAGAACCUGAGGGGCAUUCUCCUUCCCUCUGGGCUUUGGCUUGGUUGAAUCUGUUGCCCUACAAGCACCUUUUGUGCUGGUGCACCUAGUCUCUGCUGUGAGGCAUGGGACUGGACAGUGGCAUCUGGGUAACUUUUAAAUAUCUGAUUCUCUAGAACUUUUCAACCUGACAAGUGGGUUUGCUACGCUUAUUUUUCCUUGGAGAUAUGUUGACACCUGAACCAGGUUGUACCAAUUCAGUUAAUGCAGUCUUUCUCUUGCCCGUGUUAAUAGUCUCCCCACAUGAGCAGGGUAUGAGUCUGCAACCAAGGCUCCUGGCUGAGAUUUCUCUCCAGUUACUAAUGCCUGAAUAGGUCUAGCUUCCACUGACUGAUUAUGGCAGAUACAGAGUUGAGCAGGGCUGUUCAUCCUGGAUCUUCAUUUUAUUUGACCCGCACUAGUGUCACCGCACAACUGGGGUCUGGGGACUGUGCUGGGUGCUUGAAUGUGGUAUUUCUCUCUUCCUGCACAUGGACCCUCUGUGUGUAAUUGGUAACACCUCCUUUCUUCGUACCCCUUCUCUUUUUCAGUAUUUGAGUCCUUCAUUGAUUAUGUUGCUGUGGAACAGCUGGAUGGGGAUAAUAAAUAUGAUGCAGGAGAACAUGGUUUGCAGGUAUGCUACUCCUCAUGGAGGUCUGUGUGAUAACAAAUGUUUUCAGGAUAGUCCUGCAUGCUAAGUAUCAUGUUGGUAACCUCAGUUCUGUAAGUAAAGUUAUUGUUUCAGAGGGUGAUGUCAAUUCCACCAUUAAUGCAGAUGUUUCUUUCUUUAACAUGCAGGAGGCAGAAAAAGGUGUAAAGUUCUUAACGCUGCCACCAGUGUUGCAUCUACAACUCAUGAGGUUCAUGUAUGAUCCCCAGACUGACCAGAACAUCAAGAUAAAUGAUAGGUAAUCAAUAUUGUGUUGUAUUAAAGCCAAAAAUUAGAUACCUGUUAAUGCUAAAUUCUUAUCAGAAUUCUAGCUUGCCACAUUUAAAAUUUAUUCUGAAAAGCCAAAGAACAGCAGCAACACACAGCCCAAGGUAACGGUGAUUCCAGAACAUUGACUUAAUUUUGCAGUCUUGUUAAUUAUUGUUUGUAAUCUAAUCAUUGUGUGUAAAAGGAUUUAUCUUCAGGAAGCAUGGAGAUAAAUCCUUUUUGCCCAGCAUUUUUUCCAAAUUCCUGUUGUGUACAACACUUAGACACAUGGAAAUUAGUGGACAUGACUAACUGAGGCCCAGGAAUGUAAACUGGUCUACUUUGAGGAGAACUUCAAUCAAGAACAAUGCAUAAGUACAACACAUAGAUGUUAGAUAGUGCACAGUGAUAUUUGCAUUGAUGUUAUGAAACAGAUUUCAGAUGGAAUAUGUCAGCUGCAAUUCUGUGCAUAGUUACACAUACAUAGAUAGGUCUAGAAUGAGUUGAGGACUCCCAGUGCUGGCACAAGGUGUGUCUUGCCAUCUUGUGCCCCUCCAUGUUUUAUGAAGAUAGUUAGCUGAGUGGCAGCAUACAUGUUUUGCAUGCUGAGGGCCCAAAGCUCAAUCCUUGGCAUUUCUAGGUAGGGCUGGAAAGCUCCUUUGUCUGAAACCUUAAAGAGCUGCUGCAAGUCACUAUAUACCAGGGUUGGGGAACCUGUGAGCCUCCAAAUGUUGCUUGACUCUCAGCUCACAUCAUCCCUGGUCGUUAGACAUGCUAGCUACAGGGAAUUGGAAUCCAACCUCAUUUGGAGGGCCACAACUUAGACACCCCAUCCCCCAGUAUGUAAUAGUGAACUUGAUGGACUUGCUUGUUUUGGUAUAAAGCAUCUUCCUACACCUGUCUUUCUCACCUUUGUCAAAUGGGGUAAAGAUAUUCAGCUUCACUCUGCAUGCCUUCUGCAGGCUGCUGCUUUAGCUGUUGCAACGCUAGCAGAAGCUAAUGCAGUAACAGCUAAAGGUUGGGAUGGGGCAGAAAUCAGCACAAAUGGACACAGAAUCAGAGCCAAUGUGGGGAAACAUCCCUGCAGCAUUGUGUCUAUGCAUUUUUGCAACGCUGAAUAAAAAGUCAUUCAUCUGCUCUUGGUUCUCCACUGCAUCUUUGUGUGCAGUUAUUGGAAACAAGAGUGUAGUCUCAGAGCCUACAAAACUACUCCUUGAACCAUGACCUUUGGCAACACCCCGUAGGAUUCUUCCUUUGAUUGCAGAAAGUUUUGUGCCAGUAAAAUGUAGCACCUAUGAGCCCAGUUAGUGCAAUUGAUGUCAGAAAUGAUGUACUUACAAUUUUUCAACCUUUUCUUGUUCCAAGAGUUGUUUGUCAGCAUUCAUUCACAAAAAUAGUUCUUUUUAAAAAUAAAAAUUAGCCACAUGUAACACACUCUUUUUCCCCCAAAAAAUGAAAAACAGGUUUGAAUUUCCAGAUCAGCUGCCUCUUGAUGAAUUUUUGCAAAAAACAGACCCUAAGGAUGCUGCAAACUACAUACUUCAUGCAGUCCUAGUUCACAGUGGAGAUAACCAUGGUGGACAUUAUGUCGUUUACUUGAACCCUAAAGGUGAUGGAAAAGUAAGUAAUGAAAAAACAGCCAACCUUUUAAGUAUAGCUCCAUGAAGAUAUUCUAGUAUCCUUUUAAAAGCCUGCUGAAAAUCCUUUAAUAGAGCAACUUUGAAACCUUAGCUUAAGGUUUUUGUUACAAUAUAGGCUUCUAAGAAGGAGAGUCUACUCCAGAGAAAAUGUACAGGUCAAGUUCCACAAAUACAUGGCAUGGUUGGCUCACCUUUACUUCUGCUGGUGGCCUCUCCUGCCUCAUAGCGUGUUACUCUGGAGGGCCCCUUAUAUUUGGGCAGGGAGGGUGCACUGUCAAAGACAGUGGGAAACUGCAAAAUCUCUGUGUAAGCCUGAGCAUUUUGCUUCCACGCUUACUGCUCUCCAGAAAAUACUGCUUACUGCAUUUUGUAUUCUGAUACGGCCUAUGACUAAUAUAGAAAUAAGACUGAUCUGGAGCUUUAGGGCAGGAAUGGGGAACCUACUUCUCUCCAGAUACAACCGGACUCCAACUCCCAUCAUCCCUGAUAACUGAAGCUUAUAGGAGUUGGAGUCCAACAACAUCUGGAGCCACAAGUCGCCCCAUUUCCUCUUUAAGAUAACUAACUGCACAUUGGUAGCAUUUGAUUGCAGUAAGCUGAGAGGAGGACCAGGGUUAUGCUUGUUGCAAUAUGAAGUUAAUCUUGAAGGCAUAUUUAUGUACCAGCAAGUCAGCUAAAGGAAGCCCAGCCUAGCAUUUUUUAGACUUCAUAUCACCCACCUGCGUCCUGUGUAUCAGUUGAAGAACCACAGUGAAAGAAACACUACUUAAAUUUGUGUUUUUAGAAUCUCAAGUUAUAUUUCUCUUCUGCUUCAUUAAAUUCAACUUAAAGCUAUGCUUCUGGGGGUGGUUUGGGGGAAAUUGCAGCUUAGUGCUUUGGAGAAAACAACGAUGGCUUUUGAUGUAAGAUGGCACACUAACUUAUAUUUCUCAUUGAAAGAAAACUAACUGUUUUGGUUUUCCAUUUGACCAGUUCUGUGAGGUAUGCCACAUUUACCAUUUUAAAAGUGGGAAACUUAAGCUAGGAAGGAGACUUUACUGCCCGACAGAAGCAAGGCCAGCUCUCUUGAUUGGACCACGUCACAUAUAAGCUGAUUUAUCUUAAUUAAGGCUUAAGGUUGACUGAGGUUUCAGGAAAGUUUUGUAAUUUGAAUGACUAUUUGAAUAGUUCAUUUUUUGUACUAUCAGUUUUUAAUAUUGCAUCCAAACCAUUAUCAUGUUCUUCCAAGGAGAUAGAUAUGCAAUUUUAAAGACAUUUUAGGUUAGAUUAUACAUAUGAUGCUUAACUCUGUCAAAUGUUGUUUGUUUGUUUGUUUUCCUUUACAGUGGUGUAAAUUUGAUGAUGACGUUGUAUCUAGAUGUACAAAAGAAGAAGCAAUUGAGCAUAACUAUGGAGGCCACGAUGAUGACCUAUCUGUACGGCACUGUACCAAUGCAUAUAUGUUGGUUUAUAUCAGGGAGUCAAAAUUAAGUACGUAUCUUUUCUUCACUUCUGGGUAGCACCAGGGAUCAUCUUUCAAAAUAUACAGCAGACAUUCACAAUUAAACUCCCAAGUCUGUAUGCAUGCAAACCAAUGAUGAUUGGUUGAGCUGGGGUGCAGGAAGGAUAGUGUUUGCAUGAAUAUUACAUAUCAAAAAAUCAGGGUUUUCAUCGUGCUUGCUGCUUUUGUUUGGAUGACAGUAUUUGAAAAGGCGCAAUAAUUGUCACACUUCGUAUGUUCUAGGUGAGGUUUUGCAAGCAGUCACUGAUCAUGAUAUUCCUCAGCAACUAGUAGAACGGCUGCAAGAAGAAAAAAGAAUAGAGGCUCAAAAGAGAAAGGAGAGGCAAGAAGCCCACCUCUACAUGCAAGUACAGGUAAGCUUUGCCACCCCAGGAUCCUUUGCCUGGAAAUACAUACCAGUUCCUUUUGCAUUAUUUGUUGAUAAUGUUCACAUUUGUAUCCCACUGUAUAUGGAUGUGAGUUAGGUUAGUCUGAACGAAAGCAGCCCAAGGUCAGCUUCAUGGUGUUUAAACCUGAACCUCUCCAGUCAAAGUCCAGCACUCAGCUACCUGGUGUCUUGUGCUGAUAACCACUUAGAAUCCUAUUUUGGCAUUAAGUGCUUUAUAAUGAAUAAGAAACUGUGUCCAACUCAGUUAUCCUCAAAGAGUAGAACCAUUGAAAUGAAUGAACCUCAAUUAGUAUUGUCCAUUAAUUUCAGUGGGUACGCUCUGAGUAGGACUAGCAACGAAUGCCACCUUCUGCUCCAAACUGACCAGUGUGGUUGGGUUUAAAUUGUGACAUGGCCAAGAACAUCACCUGUUUUGUGUACUUGCCAUUUAUAAUGGCUAAUUGUACAUGACACUCUUUUUCCAAGUUCCCAAAACAAUGUAUAUAGAUUCCCUCUCAAUUCCUUGUGAUAAUUUUUAUUAAUAUAAGUUAACAUUAUUACUCUAUCUUACGUAUGUGGAGCUGCGGCUGAAAGAGAGUGACUUGCCUAUAAGAGCUUAGAUGUCAGCCAGGGACCUCUAAGUCACAGUUCAUGCUUCGAACCACAGUAGUACCCCAGUUUUCACUGCAGAUGUUUGUACACUAGCUUGCACUGUUACAAUUGUAGGAUGCCUGAAAAUUUCAGCAGAACUGCCUUGGCAGGGAAUCCUUAUGUUUGCUACAAGAAAUAACCACUUUGUGGGCUGGCCUUCACCGCAUGUAGCCAUAGGAUUGUUAGACUGCAGGAUAUUCUUACUGAGCAGUGUAAGAGCCCCUUGCUUGAGCCUUCUGUACUAAGCAGAAGUCAUUGAAAACACAUGAGCACAGCUGUGAUGCUGGAACCCAAACUGGGUAUUAAUGUUGGCAUAGGGAAACCUGGUCCUUUUGUGCUACUGCUAGGAUCCUCACACUGGGAUUUACAUGGGUCGGGGGCAUGCCAUGAUCCUAUAAGUCAGGUGUGGAGAAACUUUGGCCCUCCAAACGUUCAGCUCUGCAACUCCCAUCAGCCUCAGGAAGGGAUGAUAGGACUUGUAGCUGAGCUACAUCUGGAGCACCAAAAGGUUCCUCAAUCCUGUGGCAUGGUAAGGCCUUGAAGAAAAGAGGCUAAGCUUCAGUUGUGAACUCCUGCAAUUGCUUGGCGAUUUCAAUAACAAAUCAUGUUUUGUAAUUUCAGAUAGUAACAGAGGACCAGUUCUGUGGCCAUCAAGGCAACGACAUGUAUGAUGAAGAAAAAGUGAAAUACACUGUGUUCAAAGUGCUGAAAAAUUCAACACUAGCAGAAUUCGUUCAAAACCUGUCUCAAACAAUGGUGAGCUUUCUGUGAGAGACCUUAGCCAAUCAGUUGUGUUACUUUUUAUGGAACCGUUUGUAAUUCUGUAAUGACUGACCUCUUUCUAAAUGUCACCCCCCACCAUCACCUUUGUAGGGCUUUCCACAAGAUCAAAUACGGUUGUGGCCAAUGCAAGCCCGAAGUAAUGGGACAAAAAGGCCAGCCAUGUUAGACAACGAAGCUGAUGGCAAUAAAACUGUGAGUGUGCCGUGGUAGAGGGAAUGUUAAUUCUAAAUUUUGUUGUAGCACUUAUGCAUUGAGCAGUAAAACAUGCACCAGUGAAAUAAGAGAUUCUUUUUCUUAAUACAUGUCAGUGAAGUCCUGGUUGAAUGUUUAAUUCUUUUGUAACUCGGGUCCUCUAGAAAGUUAAUAAUCAUUUUAUAACCUCUUGAUAAUAGGGCAGCGUUUCCAGAACUUCAAUAGAAUGGGAUGUAAGGAAUUGUCUCAUCUGGAGGUUGGCAAGAUUGCUGUUCAGAUGCCAGAAAGGCAUGACUUGUUUUGAAAUGUUAGAACACCUAUCCUUGCCUCAGUGCAUUCUGAUAUAGGGGUGAGGGUAGAGGUGGAUACUCAGCAGGAUCUAAACAGAGCCAAAACAUGGAUCUCAUUGUAGAGAUGUACUUCACUAGGAAAAUGCUUUAUCACUGCCCCUUUAGAUGGAUGUAGUGAAUGGCGACAACUUCUAUAGCUUUGAAAGGGGGUUAGAUAACUUCACAGAUUAAAAGUUACUAGCCACAUUGACUUUGUUCUAUCUCCACCGCGGGAGGCAAUAUGCCUGUGAAUACAGGCAGGGCCUCCCCACUUGUGUGUGAUCAGCACGCGCACUCCCACUGACAGACGCACCAUCUUUAAAGCCAAAAAGAGGCGGGGGCAGAACAGGGGAAUCCCUACUCAUGCACAUCCUGGUAUAGAACCUCGGUAUAAGUGGGGAUUCCUCUGUACCAGUUGCUGGGAAUGUUAGUUGGAAGAGAGUUGUGGCAUGAGAAGGGGUGUGUGAUUGCACACUUCCCAUAAGUAUCCGUUUGGCCACUGUGAGACCAAGGUGGUAGACUAGAUAGGCCACUGGCCUGAUCCAGCAGCCAGGCUCUUGUCACAUCUCUAUAUUUCAGGGCACCUUGAUCAAUGGCUCCGGCAACCUAUUUGUCCAAAAAUUAUUAUUAUUUUCUCUAAGCAGCUGUGGGGCUGAUGUAGGCAUGUUUGUUUGUCAUCUUUUUAUCUCGCCCCUCCUCUAAGUAGUCCACAGCAGUAUUUCACACUUUCAAACAACCUGAUGCCACCAUAACAAAUAUAUACUGAAUAAAGCAUUUCUUCACAGUGUGACCUCUUCCCCUCCCCACCCCAAUCUGGUGUCUUUCCUUAAAUUCACAGAUGAUUGAGCUCAGUGACAAUGAAAACCCAUGGACAAUAUUCCUAGAAACUGUAGAUCCAGAAAUGGCUGCUACAGGAGCAACAUUACCCAAGUUUGACAAAGACCGUAAGCAUACGUUUAAGAUGUUGACCUGAUUCCUAAGAUCCUUGUGGCUACCUUCCCACAUAUCCAAGUUAUUUUGUGUCUGUUUGUUAUCACCGAGAAAAUCAUUCCCCUCUCCCCGCAAAAUAGCAGUUCCCUGUACCACAUGGCAAGCUUCUUUUAAACCUGAGGGAAGUUUCGCAUGUAGUGUCCAUUAUGCUCUGGGAAUCUUCCAUUCAAGGCGAAGAAGUCAAAAAUUCCACUAGGAAUACCCAAGCCAUUUGGAUCCCAGCCAUUGGAAUGUACAGAAGCUUAUGACUUUUGUAUCCAUUUUGCUUGGAAGUGGAGUGUACAAGUUUUCAGGUGACACAAAGUUGUUCUGAGAGUGAAUAAAUAGCUGUCACUUUGAAAUUACAGCACAGACUGCAAAUUUGCAUUUUAGAAAUCUCUUUAGGUAGAUAAGAGCCUGAUAAUAAAAACUCUUUUAUGCUUAGGAUAGUGUUCAAUGAAGUAGUUCUAUUAUCUCAAGGACUUCUGGCUGUGCAACAGAACUGCCCAUCCUCCCAACCCUCUCAUCAUCCUGUGCCCCUUUCUAAAUCUGUUUUGUGAUUCUCCCCAACCCUCCAGAACAGAUUUGGUAGGGCAUGGAGAAAGGAAAGGGAAGAGUUCUGUUGCACUAAGGCAAGGAUGUGGAACCCUUUUUUUCAGUCUGAGGACCACAUUCCCUUCUGGACAACCUUCUGAGGGCCAUGGUUGGCAUGUGUCUGUUUCUGGAGACAACGGAGGAGUGCACCUUUGGGGGGUGAAGUCAAACUGUUGGAAGGUUACAGCGCCUGCUGUGGCUGUAGACACUGAUGUGGGAGAGACAUGUUUUGUUGCAGCUGGGGCAUGUGAAGGUGUCCGGUUGUGCUGCUGCAGAAGUACCAUGGCGUUUCUUCUCUCUGCUCUCCUCCUAGUGGUCAUUCCUCCUGUGGUCACUGGUACGGAUGCACGAACUGUCUGUCUGUCUCCAGGCACUGUCUGCAGUCAUCUCCAAGGGAUUCCCACACGGCAGGGUAGAUAUUGCCAGCCUUCAUGUCAUAUUUGCAGACGUCUUUGUAACGCAGAAUUGGUCUGCCAAUGGGCCUGGUGCACCUGGGUGGAAGAGUGAAUGUAAAUUUUACCUUUGUGUACAGUAGGUUCAUUUCUGCAGGUACACACCCCUCUCUAUCGUCCAUUCAGAGAAAAAUGGUAUUAUCAGAGUUUAAGGACUCAUUCCAACUGGGCAAACCAUUUUGGCUGAAAAGUAAAACCAGUGAGGGGUGGGGCCUGAAGGACCAUAUUUGGCCCUUGGGCUAGAGGUUGUCCACCCCUGUGCUAAUGGAACUACUUCAUUGGAUAACGAAGUAUCCAUACCAUUUCCCCUCUUCUUGAUUUAAAGAAAGUGUUCCUUAACCUGCACAAAAGUAACUUGUCCUCAAACGGAGGCUUUCUUCUGCUACAAACUUUUGUUUCUCAAUUUGUAGAUGAUGUAAUGCUGUUCCUGAAGAUGUAUGAUCCAAAGACACGGAGUUUGAAUUAUUGUGGACAUAUCUACACACCUAUAUCCUGCAAAAUACGUAAGUCCGCAAGGUUAUAGUUGCAAAAUGCUGUGAAACUACAUAUGUUAGUGCUACAGCCUACCUGAACUCAGCUGGUUGAGUAGCUUCAUCAUUUUAUCUUUGUUGUGUUAUAAACUUGAAGAUGGAAUGUUUAAAAAGCAGGAUGUUGUAAGAAAUGUCUGUCCCCUCCCAAAUUUGGAGUAGGAAAUGGUAAAUACUCUUUCUUUUCUUUUCCUUAAAGGUGACUUGCUGCCGGUUAUGUGUGAAAGAGCAGGAUUUCCCCAAGAAUCUAAUCUUAUCCUCUAUGAGGUUUGAAUCACUUACUAUUCCUUAAGCUAGGUCACAAUGUUAUGCUUGUUCGUUUAGAAACUUUUGCUGAAGUACUGUGUAUCAUUACAACAAAGGAGUCUCAAAAUUCCAUGAUUGCAAGAUAGACACAAUGCAACCUGAACUAAGGAAUUUCUUGAAAAAUUGAAUUUCUGUAAAAUUACUUUCUUUAAAAUGAAAAGCUCACAUCUAACAAAAACUACACAGUUUCAGACUGUUACAAAAUUGUUCCCUAGUGUCAAUAAUGUGAUUAUACCCCCCCUAAAAUACACCAUUUGAAUAAUAAAUUUCACCCAGCUUAAAAAUACUUUGUGGAAUCCAGUGUUGCUCUAUUAUAAACAUCAUUAGGUGAAUCCCGCCUACUGCUCAGAGUAGACCCAUUGAAAUUAAAGAACCUUCCUGGUUUGCUGCUUCUCUUGUGUAAAAGGUCUGUGUGUAAUCAAAAUGAUGCUUCAUGUUUUGGCUUAUGAAGCUGAGAUGUCAUUGUCUGCACUUUGUCUUUGGAGUGUUUGGUGUGUGUACUAUUGAUACCUCUCCUUGUGGCUGCUGUCACAGUACACUGUGUAUGUAUGAAUGGAAACAACACAACAUUUUAAAAUUUGGAUUGGAAGGAAAUUUGUUCCUCCUUGAUGAUAACUGUCUUGUGAUAUCUCUUUCCUUUUUGCCUCAGGAAGUUAAGCCGAAUUUAACGGAGAGAAUUCAGGACUAUGAUGUUUCCCUUGACAAAGCUCUUGAUGAACUCAUGGAUGGUGACAUCAUUGUGUUUCAAAAGUAGGUUAUCACUGAGGCUUACUACAAUCAUUCACCACACAAGCUUUGCAGUGCUUUUUUUUUAAUAGAAUCGGUAUAGAAGUCUGCUUGAUAGCUUGAACCAGUGGUCAGGAACUACCAACCCCUCCUUGUCCCUGCACCUACCUGUCCUAGAUAGGCUAAAGUGGAGAAAUCUCCCAGGCAAAUUUGAUUAUUGUUGUGUUCAGGGCAGGGGAGCGUGGCUUUGGCAGGUUUGGGGGCAGCUGGAAGAAAGAUGGAAGAGAAUAAAGUGGGGAGAGAAACGGGUAGCAAAAAAGGAAAAUAGGUGGCUCACCAUCAGCUCCAGUACUACCCACUGCUGAUUCUGGCCUCACUCGCCCUGGUUUGUGGAAUGCAAUCCUUGACAUAAGGUUCCCAAUGCUGGUUUGAACCUACAAAGACUCUGUUUUCAUUUGUCACAUAGAUGAUGUAAUUUUCACCAUAAAUGGUUUAUUUGGAGGGAGCACUGUGUCAACCCCCUGUUUCCCAGAGGAAUAGGCUCAUGUAUGUUCAUAUAGAUCAGUGGUUCCCAAAGUGGGCAGGUCUUUCCCCAGGCAGGCGGUGGGAUUACCUGAGGGGGGCACUAAGAGUCAUGGGGGGCAGCAGGGGGUGUUGAAGUUGGGCCCCUCCAAGUGUGUGGAUUGUUCAUUUAUGAUUGACCAGUCUAGAGCCUAGAGCAAACAGCUUCAUGCUUAAACUUGCUGCUCUUAAUCGCAUUCAAAAUGAUUUCCUUUGGUCAUGUUUGUUUGUUUGCAUUUAUUAUUCUGAGUUGUCACAAGUCACAAGUUGGCCAAUUAUUGGUAAUAGCUAUUGAUUUUCCUAUAAAUUAGUUACAGUAGGUGGAGGUUUGUACAUAUUUGGUAAGAGGUUAUAUAUAAAUAUUUUAAGCUAAUUUUCUUCACACUUACGUUUUCAUUAGUAAGAAUGUGUAAAGAUGCUUUUCAUGCAAUAUCAUCUCUGGAUCAAGUUCAUAAAUUUUGUUGAAUUAAUUAAACUAAAUAGUUUCAAACUGGAUUUUUAAUAAAUGUGCGAUUCAUUGUUAUGGGUUUGAAUGUUAUUGUGUUAUUAUCUUCCUUAGUGGGUUGUGUAAACAGCUAUUCUGAAUAAUAGGUAAAGGACACUGGGGAUGAGUUUAUGGAACCCCCAGGCAGGGCUGGGGAAUGGCCCCAAAAGACCUGUCUGUGCUUUGUCUAGAAACUCCCUUUAUGCAGCCCAGAUCUAUUCAGCUGCUUUGGAUUAUUUCUGAAGGCCAUGCAAAAAGCUUCAAGGUUUUAAAGACUUCCUGCGUCAUCUGAGCUUUUAAACAACCUUUGUGUAGUUAAACCAGCUGCGAUCUUUUUUGUUAACAGGGAUGACCCUGAGAACGAUAGCAGUGAGCUACCAACAGCAAAAGAGUACUUCAGAGACCUUUACCACCGAGUUGAUGUCAUCUUCUGUGACAAGACCAUCCCCAAUGAUCCCGGUUUUGUUGUCACAUUAUCCAACAGAAUGAAUUAUUUUCAGGUACAGUAAGCCCCCAACUUACACAGGGGUUAUCUUUGGGGAACUUGCCUAAAGCUAAAACCGUGUAUAGUCAAAAAACAUUGGGUUCCCUAGUGGGUGGGAUUGCCAAAGCCUUUUUUCCUGGAGGCCUCCCUUCUUUCUGCCUCUUUUCUGCCAUACACACACACACACACUUUUUUUUUUGCCGAGCGCAUAAAGCUGAAUGUGCAUAAGUGAAAUGUGCGUAAGUUGCGGGUUUACUGUAUUAAAUAUACUCCCUUACAUUUCCAUCAAUGAAAUUAGGUGCAAAACCAUCAGAUUGGCGAACGUCUUUGAAAAUAAUGCCCCUUUAUUCCAGAUUGUGGUAGUCACAUAAAAUAUUUCUGGAAUGAGACAUAUGAAACUUGCUUUAAACCAGGCCAGACCGUUGCUUCAUUUAGCUCAGUGUACCAGGUGGGGUAUUCUGACAGUGCACCACCCUUCUCCAACUUAACAUGUUAUAGUCACCUCUUCCACUUUGUUCUCUCCUGCACGUGUACUGUAACUUUGUUCUUACUUAAAAUUAAAGCAAACCAUGAGCCCCGUCUUGUACUAAAAGGGCUCCAAUGCUCAUUAGCAGCAAGUAUCUUUCAGACAAAAGUGAGAAAACCUAAGCAUUGUGGACUGUUCCGAGUGUAAUCUCAAAUUCACUGUCUUACCUUUACCAAAUACUGGGCUUCUUUCUAUUCUGAUUUUUUAAAACAUUUAUUUUCCUAGGUUGCAAAGACAGUCGCCCAAAGGCUGAAUACAGACCCUAUGCUACUACAGUUUUUCAAGUCCCAAGGGUAAGAAGCAAUCAUCUGAAUUAAUAUUUCAGCUGUAGUGCCUUUUAUGCAGUUUUAGCACAGUACAGUGGUACCUCUGGAUAUGAACGGGAUCCGUUCUGGAGCCCCGUUCGCAUCCUGAAGUAAACGUAACACGCGCCUGCGCGGGUCGCGUUUCACCGCUUCUGCGCAUGCACACGAUGCCAUUUUUGAGCGUCUGCGCAUGCAUGAGAGGUGAAACCCGGAAAUAACAUGCUCCGUUACUUCUGGGUCGUCGCGGAGCUCAACCAGAAAAUACUUAACUUGAAGCUACUUCAACUUGAGGCCACAGAGGGAAGUGAGAAGAAAGGGGGGGGGGAUCAUUUUUUAAAUUAAAAAAAUCCUGAUUGGCUGGCUAUCUGCUUGGCCAAUCACAAGCAGCUAAGGGGGCAACCCACUAGAGGGCAGUCUAGCACUUCUUUUUGCCACAUGCGUGUCCUGGUUUAUUUCUAGUGUAAGAGGGGAAUCGCUGAAGCUCCUGUUUUUGACCACUGCUUGUAGCUGCCGCCAGUGCAGUGCUGUGCUAGUUGGCAGCCUGUGCGUGACUCCAUAAGGCGCGGGGUUCAAUCCACCCCAGUGCCUAGCAGAUCAGGGCCUUUGGAUGCUGCCGAGGGGUGCAGGGCCCGUCGGCAGCAUCUGCCUGGCUCUGCAAGGCGCGGGGUGAAAUCCACCCCAGCGCCUAGCCAAGCAGGGUCGUCUGGUACUGCUGACUUUCAUCUAGUAAAUAACUAAGUGCCUACUCAGAAGAAAGGGACGUGGGUGGCGCUGUGGGUUAAACCACAGAGCCUAGGACUUGCCGAUCAGAAGGCUGGCGGUUCGAAUCCCCGCGAUGGGGUGAGCUCCCAUUGCUCGGUCCCUGCUCCUGCCAACCUAGCAGUUCGAAAGCAUGUCAAAGUGCAAGUAGAUAAAUAGGUACCACUCCAGCGGGAAAGUAAACGGCGUUUCCGUACACUGCUCUGGUUUGACAGAAGCGGCUUAGUCAUGCUUAGCUUAGCCACAUGACCCGGAAGCUGUACGCCGGCUCCCUCGGCCAGUAAAGCGAGAUGAGUGCCACAACCCCAGAGUCGGCCACGACUAGACCUAACGGUCAGGGUUCCCUUUUUACUCAGAAGAAAGCUGCACUGAGUUCAGUGGGCCUUAACAGGUAAAGGUAAAGGGACCCCUGACCAUUAGGUCCAGUCAUGACCGACUCUGGAGUUGCAGCGCUCCUUACUUCCAGGUAAAGGAGCCAGGGCUCCUCCAGAUGACAAGAUCAUUUUGCACUAGGUUAGUGAGGACCACUUGCUUUUUAAAAUUCUCCCAUAUAUACAGAAAUCCCUGUGCGCCUUUUGCAGACCCUCCAAGUGUCUCUAUUUUCCAGAGGCAAUUCCUUUCUGGUAGGAUGGUGGUGGUGGGGCACAGGAAGGGAAAAAGUUCGGAAGGGGGGCAUGGUUGAGAAAAAUUUAGGAAACACUGCCCUAGAGUAACCUAGUUCUGUGCCCUCUUCCCCAAAUCUCCCAGUUUUGUCAUAUAUAGAAAGAACAUAAUGAGAGGGAACCUUGCACAGACUAAAAGCUUGGGACAAAGCACAGUAUCAUAAUUGCAUCAAUUAAAACACAAAACAGUGAUGCAGCUUUUAACUCUUCCUCAAGUUUUAUAGUCAAUAUGGUAAAAGUUAUAGUAGCAGCACUGACAGUAAUAUGUCAAUCUUAAGAUGAUGGUCCAAGAAAUUCUCUGCAGAUGAAUAUGAGCCUGCCUAAGCCCUUCGUUUCUCAUUGGAGGCCCUCUUCUGGGCCUUAUGGCUAUCUAAAGUUUAGUGGAUAGUGACUGGGGUAGGGUAGGGGUUUUCUCAGUUGUGUCGCCCAACUGUACAGAUUGUGAGCACCGAACUAACUUUGUGUUUCAAAAAUCUUCUUUCCUGGCUUCCUUGUUCAGUUAUAGAGAUGGCCCAGGUAACCCUCUUAGACAUAAUUAUGAUGGAACUUUAAGAGAUCUCCUGCAGUUCUUCAAGCCUAGACAGCCCAAGAAACUUUACUAUCAGCAGGUAGGAGACUUCCUUGUCCAUAUAUGGAGGAAGAUUCUUUGGUUCAUCUGCAUAAUGACAACAUUUCUUUCCCCCCUCUCUCCUCCCUAGCUUAAAAUGAAAAUCACAGACUUUGAAAACAGGAGAAGUUUUAAGUGCAUAUGGUUAAACAGCCAGUUUAGAGAAGAGGUAAGUUGUUUUUCCUUGAAAAUAUCGAACCUAGCCUGCAAUCAAAGAAGUAGGAUUGGACGAUUAGUUUAAAUGCAUUCGCAGAUUAAAAUUUGCCCCACAAUUGUUUCCUGUGAGGCAGUGAUUGCAAAAUAUUGGUAAGUUACAAAAUUUCAAUUCUGACAUCCCUUUUUCUCAUAAUGCAAAAAUACAAUGCCUUGAUAUUUCCAAAACUGAAAAUGAGUUUUUUCCUGUCUAAAGUAUUGAUCUUUCAUGUCAUUACUCAGUGCCAUAAAAUUGUGGUUUCCCUAUGUGAACUUCUACCUGAGUAAUUGCACAACAGGGUUGCAAUUUGUCCAUUAUGUAUCGCAUAAAGGGUGUAAUUAAUAGACAAGCUGUACGUGUUUUGAAGGGAAGUUGCCUAUGUUGCAAGCCCCAUGUUGAAAGUCAUGUUGAAACUUUUUAUGUUCUAUGCUUCAUUUCCUCAUGUUUGUCAUAGCAUUUUAUUUCUUGACUGAUUCCCUUCUCUCUCCCCCCCUUUAAUGUUUGUUUAGGAAAUAACACUAUAUCCAGACAAGCAUGGGUGUGUACGGGACUUAUUAGACGAAUGUAAAAAAGCUGUAGAACUUGCUGAGAGAGGUUCAGGGAAAUUAAGGCAAGUGCUUGUUCAUUUACUUUCAUAUCACUUCUUGAGAGGGAUGUGUGGGUAGCCCUUAAUGAAUGUCACUCUUAUGAAGGUAGUUCAAUAAAGAAGCUACACUUCUCAGCCUGCUCCAAACAGAUCGCUGCACUAGUCCUGCCCUGGACACCAGUUACCUGCUUGUGCAUAUAGGGAGUUCUUUGGACGAGGGGAGGGCAGGAACAGCACAGGGUUGCAAUGUAUGGACUGGGUGAGAAGGCCAGCCAUAAUCCCUUUUCCCUUUGCGACUGCUGUACACAUAAGUAAGGCUUAUGUGUGUACCUCAGUGCUUUUUUGGGGGGGGAUGCAGGGGUACGCAUACCCCUAAACAUUUUGUGAAUCUAAGUUUGGCCUCAUUGAGGGACAUUAUUUCAAUAUGAGUAGGGAAAUGAGAGUACUCCUAAACAUUUUUUUUUAGAAAAAAGCACUGGUGUACCUAAACAUCUUUACAAAACAGAAUCUUUAUUUUGUUGUAAACCUGGAAUGCUUUCCCAUAUUCUUGAAUGAAUUCUUCCACAGUUCACCUAAUAACAUUCCAAAUGUCAAAUAAAGUAUCUCCAGCAUCAGACAUUAACCAAAACUCCCUAAAGAAGUGGGAAACUUUUGGUCCUCCAUAUGUUGUUGGACUACAACUCCCAUCGGUCUUGAGACCGAAGAUGGCAGGGGUUGAUGGGAGAUGUUGUUUAGCAACAUCUGGAGGGCCAGAUAAUUAGCUCAGCAGAACUCGAUGUCUACUCCACUUAAGACAUUGGGUACCAUCUGCUGGGAGCUGCUUUUGCACAAGCCCAGUCAGUGCAAAAGGAAGUUUGUCCCAUGACACUGUUGGUUUAUAUAGACCACUAACCCUAAUACUUAGUGUUUUUACUUAAUCUAUUUCUCUUCUCUUGUUAAGGCUGCUAGAAAUUGUAAGUUACAAAAUAAUUGGUGUCCAUCAGGAAGAUGAAUUGUUAGAGUGUUUAUCACCAGCAACAAGUCGAACGUUUCGAAUAGAGGUCAGUGUGGUGUGAAAUGUGAAUAUUUGAACUAUCAUAGUUAACAGCUCCAAGUUUUCGUUAUUGAGGCCAUUGGCAGACAUAAUGUGUCUAGAGCAGGAGUCUAAGUUAGUUUAGUUAACUAUGUCCAUUUUUAAAUUUCUGCUCCAUUUUCUCUCUCUCUCUCUCUGUCUCUGUUUUAAAUUUUAUUUUAUUUUAGCUGUGUUUUGUGCCCAAUUUCAUUAUGUUAACACCACGUUUGGUUAAGCAUUUUAUAAAUCUUUCUAAAUAAAAAAAACAAAUAAAUAGCAACAAUGGAUGGUGGCCAUUCUACCUCAUUAGCAUUUGCAGCAACCUUCCCCAGCUAAGUUGCAGGUGGGUGGGGCUUACUUCUUCCUACCCCAAUGAAGAGGAACCAGGAAGUCUCCUUAUCAGGGCCCAAUUCAUCUCUAGACACAAAGAGAAUAUUGAAUAAGUUGUGCUGCUGCUGUGGCUUUCAUUAUUUCACGAGUUUCAUUUUUUAAAAACUCAGUUUCCAUUUCUGGUGUUGUGUCUUCUUUUGUUUCUGGUGGUACAUCUGCCUGAUGCGCAAUGUGUGCUGCUGUCUUUGAAUGCAGGAAAUCCCCCUGGACCAGGUAGAUCUAGAUAAGGAGAAUGAGAUGCUCAUCACAGUGGCUCAUUUCCAGAAAGAGGUUUUUGGGACGUUUGGCACUCCUUUCUUGCUAAGGAUACACCAGGUGAGAGUCCUGUUUCUCUUAACUAUGUACUAUUGCAACACAGGUGGUUUCUGGUAGCCUUCACCAAUGUUGUGCCAUCCUGGUUUGCUGCAGGGCACCACAUUGGAGAAGACUGGUGUUGCUAGAAGGGAAAGUUUGUUGCAUUAUAUCGUGGAUUAUCCAGGAGUAGCAAUAGUCACCUGCGGUCAUUGUUUCUUGUAUGCAUAUUUUAUUCAGCUUCUGUGAUUUGGGUGGCCUUACAUAAAUUGGUCAUCUAGUUCCUUUUGUCUGUAUUUAGAGGUUCGCUGAUACCCAAGUUUGGCUAAGUACAUUUUAGUACAUGUUCAGUGGCAUCUUUAGCCACAUAGGUUUCAGAACUUGGGCAUUGAUUUUUUUGCACUUCUGGGGUUGUGCUUUUCUGCCUAGGGUGAACACUUUCGAGAGGUGAUGAAGAGGAUUCAGACAGUGCUGGACAUCCAGGAGAAGGAAUUUGAAAAGGUAUUGCCUCAGCAGAUCACUCAGGAAGAUUUUGCUCAGCAUAGCAUAGCUUCUGAAGGGACCUGCGUCUUUUAGCCCUGCCAACAUGAAUGUCUCUUACAAUUCUGCAAGUGCUCCUCUUCCCCCUGCGUCCCCACACAGGAAGUCGCUCUCUGCAUAUUUUGAUGCUCUGCGAUUUGAGGGUGGGAUUUUAGGAAGUCCUGCCCGGUCUGGCAUCAGCAUCUGUGUACUGGAACCACCUUUGUGGAAGUUGUUAAUGUUUGACAUUUUAUUAUGUUUUUAUAUUGUGCUGGAAGCCACCCAGAGUGACUGGGGAAACCUAGCCAGAUGGGCAGGGUAUUAUUAUUAUUAUUAUUAUUAUUAUUACAGUGGUACCUCGGGUUACAUAUGCUUCAGGUUACAUACGCUUCAGGUUACAGACUCCACUAACCCAGAAAUAGUACCUCGGGUUAAGAACUUUGCUUCAGGAUGAGAACAGAAAUUUUGCAGUGGUGGUGCGGCAGCAGCGGGAGACCCCAUUAGCUAAAGUGGUGCUUCAGGUUAAGAACAGACCAGCGGAACGAAUUCAGUACUUAACCCGAGAUACCACUGUAUUAUUAUUAUUACUACUACUACUACAGUUGUACCUUGGUUUUCAAACAGCUUAGUUCUCAAACAUUUUGGCUCCCGAACACCGCAAACCCGGAAGUGAGUGUUCCAGUUUGCGAACUAUUUUUGGAAGCCGAACAUCCAACAGGGCUUCCGAUUGGUUGCAGGAGCUUCCUUCAGCCAAUCAGAAGCCGAGUUUGGUUUCCAAACAUUUUGGAAAUCAAACAGAAUUCUGGAACGGAUUCCAUUCGACUUCCAUCGUAUGACUGUAGUAUUAUCAUCAUCAUCAUUAUUAUAUCUUGCAUAUAUCAAUAGCUGGUAGAGCCCGGCCUCCCCACCCCCUGCCAGUCCCUGCACAGAUGGUGAGAACCACUGAGCGAGCCCCCUCCAAAAUUAACCCCACCAAACACUUCCCAUCAGGCCUGUAUCACCUCUAUCUUAAUUCCCCAUAAUUCUGCCGGGGGGGCUCCACGACAUUGUAUUACGGGACAUUAAAGAUAGUGAAUGCCUCAAUCCAAGCAGCCACUGGGCUCCGCUAGGAAACGCAGUGGCACUGCGAGGUAAGGUAAAGUGUGAGUCAGUUGACAGCCACCUCAGUCAUGGUGGCACAAGGAGGGGCAACACCAGGGGGCCAUCUCCACUGGUGCUAGGAUAGUGGGAUCCUGCUUGUAAUGUAAUAGGAGAUCAAAUUUUACUGUCCUGGCAAUGGGAAAGGCAAGAAGCCCAGCACAGCUGAACCUCCUGUGCCCUCCAGAUGUUGUUGGAUUCCAGCUGCUGUCAGCCCCAGCUGCCAGCAUGGCUAGUGGAGGUCGCCAGGUUGCCCACCUUGGGAAUUGGCACUUGUCUACGGUGUGUGUGUGGGGGGGUGCUGAUAGUAAACAACUAAAUGGGAACACUAGCUUUGGCCUGUUUCCAUGCUGUUUGUUAGAAUCACAGAUUUCGAAGGGACUCAAGUGUUGGAUUCUAGUCCAACCCCCUGCAAUGCAGGAAUCUCUGCUAAAGCAUCCAUGACGGAGGGCCACCAAACUCUGCUUAAAAACCUCCAAUGAAAAAGAGUCCACCACCUUCCAAGGGAGACUGGGUUGAGAGAUGAGAGCCAAGAAAAUGCAAGCAUAAGACUGGGAGGCUUUGAAGUCUACGAAAAUAAUUUUCUUAACAAUACUCCUUGAGAAAUUAGCAUUUGAGCUCUGACGUUUUUAUUUAUUUAUUUGUUCUUUCUGAAGUUUAAGUUUGCCAUUGUAAUGAUGGGUCGACACCAGUAUCUAAAUGAAGAUGAAUAUGAAGUGAACUUGAAAGAUUUUGAGCCCCAACCUGGUGAGUGUCCAUUUAUUUACUUUGCUUCUAGGAGGGGUUUAUGGUUUUUUGGCUCCUUGAAGAUCAAUGGGGCAGACUUCCAUGUGUGGCAUUUAUUCUCUCACCUGCUCAAUGUCUUGCCCUCCAAGGUGAACACAGCCCACCAACUCCGUAUAUUAGCAUAUGUUUUGUCAUGGAAGCCUGUGUUAGAGUGACAACUUUACUCAGUGCAGCAUCCAGUGAAGUUGUUCCAUUAGUGCUAGGACUUGGCUGUGCAACAGAACUUCCCCUCUCUCUCUUCUUCCCAUGGGCCCCCUAAAUCUGUUCUGGGGGUUCCCCCCUUGCUGGCAGAGCUGAAUCAGGGAGGACAUUCACAGGGAGAGAGGACAGGGAGGGGAAGUUCUUCUCACUGACAGAACCACUCACUGAAUGCCACCCUCAGUUCUUGACAUUCCAAAUUUUGUACAAAACAAUCUGAAAGUGUGUUCAUUCUGUCUCUCCCUCUCCCUCUUUCUCGCUUCUUUCUUCUUUGUUCUUCUUCUUCCCUUCCAGGCAACAUGUCUCAUCCCAGGCCAUGGCUAGGGCUUGACCAUUUCAACAAAGCCCCAAAGAGAAGUCGCUACACGUACCUUGAAAAAGCUAUUAAAAUCCAUAACUGACUUACCCUCUCCAGUUUGUUCGAGGCAAAAGGGGCAACAAUGUGUGUGUGUGUGUGCGUGCGUGUGUGCGUGUGUGUGUGUGCGCACCUUUUUAACAACUGUAGGACUUUUGGUACACGUGCACUCGGAUCGGAAGUCUCCAGCAAGAGGAUUUGCUGCUGAUUUAUUAAUUUUAUUUUGAGGCUGUUCAGUUUGGCUUCUCUGUAUCUAUUAUUGACUGCCCUUUCUUUUCUUUUUUUCUUUUUGAGCAAAAAUGAAGGUGUUUUAUAAAAGCUUGGGUGCCAAUGAGAGUUUUUAUGGGAAAUGUAAACAAAGCGAGAUUGUCAGCAUAAGAAGGAAAGGGUUGAGUUAGAGCAGUUGACAUUGGCGAAAUAUUGUCUGUAGUACGUUAACUGGACAGCCUUUUCUGGCUGACCUCCCCCUCCCUUGCCCUCCCCUCCUUCCUCCCCCACUUCCCAAAUGCGUGGUACCUGCCAUCACUGCAGCUAGUUGGCGCUAUGGUUAGGCUCACGCCCAAUUUCUUUCCUUCAGUUAUAUACUUUAAAUGACAUUUUUGUGCAUUUGUAAAUGCAAAGAGAAACUCACAUCAUCAAUAAAUAGCAAUCUCUACUUCAUUGUGUACACUGUUGGCACUUAUUCGAGGGGGGGGAGAUUUUGUCUCUUCAAUCAGCCUAGAAUUUCUCUUUUUAUUAUUAUAAUAUUAUUAUUAUUAUAAAUAAAUGGAUUUUGAGUCAAAUUUGUUUUUCUCACAUCACCUUUUGCCAAGGAAGAAGUUGGGGAACCCCCCCGAAGGAGGUGCAGUGUAUUUGUAUCCCUUUAGAAACGGUUUGAGAGUAAAAUCCCUUGGUUGCAGUGAGAUUUACAAGCAUAGUACCAACUUCCCAGAGAAUCUGAAGAAGGAAAAGGCAUCUGUUUUAUAAUUAAUUUAGUUAAUCUGGGAAGACAUAGGAAGACAAAACAAAAUAGCCUUUUAGCACUGAGGGCAUGUUCACUAGCAUUUAGUAAGCUGUUGACUUUGUAAAAAAUACGGGGGUGGGGCUUGGGAGGGGGAAGAAAACAAAUUGUAUAUUUAACAGAGGAACAUGUACAAUUUAACAUUUGGGGUUCCUUUGGGGGGCGGCUGGGGGGCAGGGUGAGUCUGCAAGUGAAUUUCACAGAUGUCAAUAUUCAUUGUGUGUAGUUUUAUUUCAGUCCCCAGACUGCUUUUCCAUUUUAGUUUGGAGCUACAAGCAGCCCCAUGUGUCUCUCCUAAGUUUUUGAGUGCGGUAAAAAUAUAGAAGCAGCAAUUUACACUCCCCCGCCCAAGAUUAUUUCUCAUUCUUUCUCUUCUUCCCCCCUCCUCCAUUCCCUCCUGCCAAUAUUUUAUUUUGUUUCUGUAGCUGCGGUGUGCAACAAUUCUUCCUGUAUAUUGCCUUUUUUUUCUUUUUUUGCUGGAAAAAAAUGUUGUAUGUUGAAUAAAAAUUUUCUAUAAAAUUUU